UUUUUUUUUUUUUUUUUUUUUUUGGUUGGGGGUGGGUGGCACAGAUUGGUCAUUUAAAAUUGGUCAUUUAAAAUAUCUGCUGACAAGUCUCCACCUUGCACAGAGCAAUUUCUUUCAUAUACUUAUAUUCAUAUUUUUUUUGUUAAAAUUAUAUCUAAAUUGUGUUAUUUACCUUUUAUCUAGGACUAGGAUUAUUAUUCUUGACACUUUAGCUACAAUUUUAAUGCAGGACUGAUAAGGGUUCUUCCACCUAAUGUCUGGAAGCUAACGAGAUAAUAAUCAUUUCAUGUUAAAAUUGCAAGUGUUGAUAAUGUCUGUAAAAGUUUUAGCAGACAAACUGACAUUGAAGUAGUAUUAAAGAGACAAAAACAAUAUAACUGAAUUAGAUUAUGCAGCUUAACAUGAUGUGUAAACUUACUAGAGGUAAAAACCCUGCUAAAUGUGACCGUUUUUAACUAUCAAAAUGCUCUACUAUCUAAAUAAAACACCGUUUGGCCUGCGGCUCGUGUUGUUGAGCAGAGCCAAAUGAUCAAAUUCAUUAAAAAGAGCCGAACUCCCCCUCAAUGUUCGUUGAGCGGAAUCUCGAAUAGCGCAUGCGCAUAAUCAUUACGCAAGGGACGUUUCAGGCAAACUGACGUACAGUACGUCAAUGCGGUAGUAGUGAACGGCGGAGCCCUAGCUGUAGGUUAGAGAGAGGUCUGUACACAGACCGGUUCUCAAAAUUGAUACCCAGUGGGCCGCAGAGAUUUUCGGGGGAGCCGUUGGACGGUGAAACAAACAUGGGGAACGCGGAGAGCGGCUGCGGGGGUGGCAGCGGUGACGAGGAGGACAUAGAAACGGAGAGCCCAGGGUUCGCGGAAGACAGUCCGGCCUCUGCGGCCACUGGCGUCGGCGUUGGAGGCGGAGGAGGCUCCGGUUCUGGGAGAAGCGGAAGGGGAUCGAAUAACCUGCCAGUGCCCACGGGUGGACCACCUAGCCCCGGGGUGCUGCUAGAGCAAGUGAAACUUAGGGAGGCGGCGGCUCGUAUUAGUGACUCAGGAGUGGCUAUUCAGGAGUCGGUCCUCGCUGGAAAUGAGGGUGUCCUGGUGCGGUGGCUGGAGGACCGGCUGAACCGGGGAGAGGAGUCCGUCAAUGUGGAGCAGUUUUGUGAAAUGUUGGAGAGCAGAGACGCCCCUAGAGAUGAAUGUGAAGAGGUAUACAGGCAUAGAAACCUGCCUCCCACAUGUGAAAUGCUGUUAGUUUAAACACGCCAUGUCAGUUCUGACUCUAGUCCCAGGUAUGACACAGGUGUUUAGGGCCAUGCCCAUUUAUGAUGACUGAUAAGUGACAUGAUCGCCUGGUAAGGCCAUGAGAGGAGAAGACAUGAUAUCCUGUAAUACGUUAACUAAUCUAAAGGGUGAACUAGGAAGCAGAUAAAAAGCUGUCAUUGUGGCCCUUGUGCUUGUCAGGUGUGCUGGCAGCUUUGGCCUCCUGUAGCACAACAUGUUGCUUUGUGUGUCAUCUGUUGUUUGACCAAAGGUUGCAGAUGAAUGGGUUAACUAAUGAAUGUGUACUUUAGUCCACAAUUGGCUUUGUGUAUGUAGACAGGGAAUGUCACAGCUACAUUUUGAACAAGCCUUUGUACUUUGGUUCAUCUACAAACUCUACUGGUUUAGGAUGCAGAGCUGCUACUCAAUCUUUUAUGUACAAUCAAAUUAUGAUUAAAUUACUUUAACAUCACAUAACUUUAUUAAAAUGUCCAGAGGCAAUUUGUGUGACGCAGCUUGUAUACAGAAAAUAACAUAGCAAUAAAAUUACACCCAGGCUCAAAUAUUGAGUUUAGACUUAGAUAAACACUGGUAUUCACAAACUGAAUAGAAUUUAUAAAAAGUAAUGACUUAGAACAGUGCAGAACAAGUAUACAGUCUGCCUCACAAAUAGAGGUUUAUGUCAGGGCAGGAAUAUGUGCUGUCAUGUCAAUAUCAACCAUAUCCCAAGUGUAAUGAUGUGUGCUGUCCCUGUCUCAGGCCUUUGGACAGUUUGAUGCAGAGGGAGAUGGGGUGGUGGACGUAGAGAGCAUGCUAAUUGCUCUGAAGAACUCCAAUGGAGCCAAUCUCAAGGGAGAGCUGAGUCAUGUGAUUAGACAGCUACAGGCGUGCUCCCUAACUCCAGGUAUGAGAUGUGAUUUGUUUACCAGGAUAAGCAGAGCCUGCAUUAUUUGAAUAGGUGUUAUAUAACAAGAUGGAGAGGAGCUAACUCUGCGUUUCUUUUCAUCUUCUCUUUUAUGUUUUUUUUUUUUCUUUGCAGGUUUUGUUGACAUUUUCUCCAAGACCAAAGACAGGUUAGGGGCACAUGCCUCUAAGAUCCUUAAGUUCCUACACAGGAACCGUAUUCCCAGUAGUGCCAUCCCUUUCCCUAUCUUAGAAGGCUACAACAGUAUCUGCACCAUGAGGUCUAGCGUGGUCCAGGACUUCUUGGAGUUUCUCUUACAGAAAGAAAAAGGUGAAUACGAGAGUGACAAAUAAGAGCGGAAUAAUGGGUUUAAACUAAGAAUGAACUCUUGGAUAUUUUGAGAGUAAAAGCUUAAAUCUUAUUUCCUAAUGUGUCUGUGUUUCAGAUUUAGAUAUCCAGUACCGAGCAGAGCUGGACCGUGACCCAGAGGUGGACAAGGUGAAGGUUGUCACACAGUGCUAUAGCAUGAUCGAAGCGUCGUCCAACGCUUCAGACGUUGGCAAGAUGACGAAUGGGGAAACAACAUCUUUCUGGCAGUCGGAUGGCAGUGCACGCUCACACUGGAUAAGGCAAGGAUCUCUGCUAUGUCAAAUGAGACUCUGUGUCCAUGUUAUGUCGCUUGUUCAUCCUUGUUUAUAUCAUCUACUUUGACUCACACUUGUCUCUUUACUGUCCUCAGAUUGAAAAUGAAACCAGAUGUGGUGUUGAGACGUUUGGCCAUCGCUGUGGCUUCCAAUGACCACAGCUACAUGCCUCAGCUGGUCUCUGUCGCUGUUGGGAAGAACCGGCGUUCCCUACAAGAGAUCAGAGACAUUCGGAUCCCCAGCAAUGUCACAGGCUAUGUAGCUCUCCUGGAGAAUGCCAACAUCACACACCCCUGUGAGUUAUGGACUGACUGUCUUCUGCCUGCUUUUUUAAAGUUUGUUUCAGCUCUGGUUUGUUUUGGUCUUUGACUGAUGCGUGUGGAAAAACCAUCUUUUCCCCCUCCUGUGAGAUCAGAGCGUGAUGUAAACUUGAGAAAAGAAGCACAGCAAGCUUCCCUGAGCUCUGAGCUUCAAUCUAGCCACAGUUAAGGAGUUAUAGUAAGGCUCUUUGUGUUUUUCCCCUUUGCUGCUGAUAGGGGUUAGAACGGGGAUUUCCCUUCUUAGCUUCAGGUCUCAAAAGGUUUUUUGUGGAGCCUACAGGCCAAACUUGACCCUACUUUAUUUAUUUAUUUAUUUAGAUUAACAAUACAACAUCAAGAAAAUAUCCAUUAAGAGUGGCAGCUGUGAGUAAAAACAGUCAGAUAUUAGCAAAAGUUCAAACAUGCUGAAAUGCAGACUUGUCCAUCACAGCCACAUGUGGUUAACUUGAUUAUUGACACUUCUGCUCUGUCUGCAGCACAUGUAGCUGCUUGUUGUCCUCUCAAGAACAAGAUGACAGUGUAGUGUGUGAUAUUAAGGAGUACCUAGUUAGACACACUUUGCGGAUCUGGUUCACUCAUUUUACAAAACUCCAACCACACUCUUGCUCACUAAAACUCCUUUUAGACUCAGUUUGCACUGUGACGCAUAAUGGUUACCACAGAUGUCAGGGAACAAAUGCAGUCAUAGCACAGGCGUCAUAUUUUUUGGAUAACUUUUUAUCAUUUAUUGUUGUAUUCUUUACUUUUUUAUUAUUUUUUAUUUUUUAUAUGUUCAAAAUUAAAUUCCAUCAAUCAAUAAAUCAAUUUAUACACUGGGACUCAGAUCUAAAAGCACUUGUUGCUAAUGAUGUAAUGACACCUGAAUAAUCCGCGUCAGAGAGCACAGGUGGGCUCCAAGUUGAUAGCAAAGAUGGAUGAAGGCAAUCUGAGAAGCAGAGGGGGAAGAGUGUUUGUGAAAAGAGGAAGAGGAAGACCAAGAACAAAGUAAGAUUCUGUCUCUGCACAAACUAUCUUUUGAAGUCUACUGCAGGUGGGUCAUCUCACACAGAGAGACACGGAGGUCACCGCUCUGUUACUGUAGCAGACACACCACCAGUUCUGAUGAUGAAUCAAACUGAUGAAGGGACAAUACAGGAAAUCUUGACAGUGCAGUGUGCCGGAGUCUUUUUAAGUUUUGGUUUUCAACUCCAGUUGGACAAAAGUUUUCAUUCUUUUGUCAAAUUUAUCUUCAGUUUUAGAUAUUUUAUGAUUUAGAGUCAGAAACUUAACUUACUCACCCACACUUGUCUUAAAAAGUGGCCUUUUUAAACUGGACUGACUGCUGUGUUUCCUAUUCUGUGCCGCUGUGUGUACUGCCGGCUCAGUAGGGUUUUUAUUCUAACUGCUGUGUUUACGAUGGGAAAGCAGGGUUUGAUUUUGAGCACAGAGAAAACUGUUUUGAAACGAUUGCUUGAUUUGGGUAAAAGAAUCAUGAGUUCUGUGUUUGUGGUUAUGAAAUUGAGUUUUGAAAUUCUCAGUUUGGAGAAAAGGUUGGAAGGUUUAAGAAGAGUGUCUACUCAAUUCAGAAAAACAGUAAAUGAUAUUAUGAGUAGACUUGCUUAGUUAUCAAAGAACAUGCAAAGAUUAUUGAUGGUUUGAAAUCUAUUCUUCAUCACCAGUUCAGUGGGUCAGUGUUGGCUUGCUUGUCACGUUCCUCCUCAUUCAUCUAUAAUGGUGACUUUACUCUCUGCACGCUGAAUAGUCAUGUGACCAAACUAACAUGCUGUGCAUACCACCACACACACAAACUGUCAGAGCAGCUGAUGGGUGUAAGCAUCAAUCAGAAGAGGGGCUGCAGUGCUCUUACACAUACAUUAAUUUAACUCACAAGCCUUUUGGCGCGGAUGUAAUUGCACAUUCCCACAGCUUGCAAUUGGUGUUAGAUAAAUCUUGCAGCGCUCAUGUUGAGACUUAUGUGAGGAGUUUUUAGCUGGUCAUGAAACAGACCAGAAUGAGACAGAUGCUUGUGUGACAAAGCAAACAAGACCAUGGGGGACAAGAAGAAUAAUUUCUCUGGAGUUGUGUUUAUGGAUGCCUGUAGCCCCUGCCACAGCUGAGCGUGUGAUAAAGUGAUUUACCACAUACCAGAAUAAGCCUCUGCUUACAAUUUCAUCUGCAAAGACCGAUGCAUUUGAGUGUUUAAACAAGAGAGUAUAAUAUUUACUUCUAACCCCUUCCAAGGACAAAAGCAGCAAAAGGAAACUACCAGAAGAUUAUUAUAGAUCAUUUAUUAGUUUGUCUAUAGGAGGCACCGAAUUCAACAGAAACCAAAAGUUUAUAAAUCUUUUUAAUAGUCAUGCCAGUUAGGGCUGGGUGAUAAAUCAAAAAUUUACUGAUACCGAAAUUUACGACAAUAACCAAUCUCAUUUUGCCCAUAUCGGUAUAUUCGGUGUCAAAAAAAUAAAUAAACAAUAGUCGGUUUUUGAUGUGUGUAGGUAAGCUAAGGUCUCAUGUCCCUUUAAGACACUGUCCUACGUCAGAGCCGUGACUCCACUCCAUCUAAUCUGUAACAAAGAGGGAAAGACAGGUGAGGAGAUGGAGGUCAGUUCAAAAGUUGUAGCGGCUGGAGCGGCGGCUGAAGUAGACAAAGUUAAUGUGGGAGGGGGUGAGCAGCUUGUGGAGUAGUUAUCAUCCAUUUAUCGUUAAAGAGGUGAACUAUUCAGUAUAUCAAGAUAUAGAUUUGAGGCCAUAUCGCCCAGCCCUAAUGCCAACGUAAGUUUGUUUUGUUGUCAGUCUGUCCUUCUCAGUUAAAAAAGCCCUUCCUUGAUGCCAGAUCUGUGAUGCAAUCACAUAUUAUAAUAAUGUUGUACUGUCGUUGGAUUGUUGGUGUAAAUUUCAGUCAUUCUUGAAACACAUGAUGAAGUUAUUUUUGUAUCAUGUAUUCCAUCAGUCCUCUAACUGCAUCAUGUCUUUCACCAACCCCAGACAUCCAAAUCAACAUAAAGCGGUGCCUGAGUGACGGAUGCGACACACGGAUUCAUGGUUUGAAGACUCUGGGUUAUCAGAUUACCAAGAGUAAAGAGGUGUCUGUGUCGGACGCUUCGGCCAUCUGGUACCUGUCUCUCCUCACCUUGCUGGUCACUGCGUCCAUGGAGACCAACCCUGCACUCGCUCAGACUGUCCUUCAGAGCACACAGUGAGAUGAACAGCCCGUUCUUUUUCACGUGGAUGUACUUAUGGCUUUUAAACAAUGACUUAUUUUAGUUCAAUUUCUGAAGUCUGUUUCUGUUGUUUUUUUUCUUGUUUUCCACAGAAAAGCCUUACGACACAUGCCGCCGCUGUCCCUAACACCCUCAUCCACAGAGUUCCCAAAGUUCUUCUCUCUGAACAUCCUGGAGGAGGUGGAUGGAUUUCUCCUCAGGAUAGCAGAGUAAUGACGAUUACAUCAGCACACUUACUCAUCACUGCCACACUGAGCUCAUGAUGCUGACAUCAUCACAAUGAAAACAGGGCUGAGGCCAGAGUAUUGAUUCAGCUGGGCAAUGACACACACACACACAUUGUUUGAUUUUAUACCCCAUGGAUCCCUCACAGGUGGUCAGAGUCCUUAUUAUAAAGUGGGCGCUAAAAUUAAAAGAUUAUUCAAAUUAAAAUGAAUUUACUUUGUUGUAAAAUAGUGAAAAUGAACAAAUUUCACAUCAUUUCUAAUUAUAAGCUGACUAAGAAAGUCAAAAGUAAAUAAUUCAUUGUGACACUAUAAUCAAUUCUUCUGAUCACACAGAUAUGAGUAAGUGAGUGUAUUUUAAUGCUUUCUUGAGAUUAAACACACAUUUGAUAUGAAUUCUGACCAUUUUUAUUCUACAUGAAUAUAAUCACCCGGCCAAAAUCAAUGCAACACAGUAAAACAGAGCCGCUUAAAGAGAUGCUUGAACUAACUCUUGUUGUUUUGUUGCAGCUGCUGCGUGAGUCCUGAUGCAGAGCUGACCCUCCUCGCCUUCGCCUUGGCCAGGGGCAGCGUGGCAAAGAUCCUCCAGGCUCUGUCCUGCAUCAGCGACCAUUUAGAGGCCGAGUAUAAAGCCUCUGCUCUCAUCGUGUCCAUGGCCUCCGUCAGACUGCGGCUACUUAAUCGCAAUGGUAACGCGACCAGCCUUCCUUUACUCUCACUCACCGUAAGACAUUUGAAACCACAGACCUGGAAGAGAAAGUGCUUAGCCCACACAGAGGAGAUGCAUUAGUGAAGUGCGCUGUGGAAAAAUUGCUAAUUCUGUUACAAAGCUGCAGUUCAGUGCUUCACAGUACAGGAACGACAUCCUAGCCUGUGUGGAAAAUGAUGAAAGGAUAACCUGUGGUGUUAGAGAAAAUGCAUCGUCACACUGACUGACGUCUCAUUACAGGGAAGCCUCUCCAGCUGCACCUGCAGGCCUGUGAUGUGAAGAGUAAAGAAGAGAAAUCAGGACCAGAAAACAUGCUCACAGAGACCUCCACUGGAGACGGUACAAACAAAACUGGUCUAGAAAAUAACAACUUCAGGCUUGUACGUCUUCUGGUCCUCAGUUAUAACUGAAUACUUUUGUUCCUUUAAAGGUUUUCUCACAGAGAGUGGCAGGAAAAGGGCCAGUGUGAUCCUGUCGACAGAGGACCAGAGCAACUUCCAGGUCACUCAGAUGAAGAUCAAAGUGAGGCACAUUUUGGUUUCAUUGAGAAUCUCGCCAGAAAACAGAGCUUUGCUGCAGAUAAACAUCAUCUCUGGUUUGUGUUUCAAAGGUGCGAAAAGGAGCCAUCGGAGCAAAAUGUGGUCUGGUGUUUGCAUACAAGGAAGAGGACUCUUUUGAUGCUGAGAAGCACUUCAAGAGGUUCAAAAAGUAUGACUCCUGGGACUACAAGGCUUACAAGGAGUUUGUACAAGAGAAGUAAGGAUGUUUCAAAUUUAUCAUUCCUUAUUUUUGUCAACGUAAAAGUUUUCGAGCCCACAGUAAAAAAUAAAAUAAAAUAAGCUACACCUAAAGAGCAACUUAUGUCAGUGGAUCACACAGUACACUAAGGGUCAGUUAGCUUGAGAGACGAAACCCCUCUUCACUUUGGUGGUCCUGUGGUUGUGAAUGCGAGUGGCUAACCCAUGCUGUUACCUGACCUGCAGUGUAAGGAUUCCUGCACGGUCAGAGGACGAGCCGAUUGGCUGGUUCGAGCUUGAAGAUGACUGGAACGAUGUUGAGAUCAAACUGCAGCAGUGUCGUGUUGCAAAGGUACAUAACUGCAUCAAGUUGAAAGCUAUGACACAGUUAGACAUCUAUUUUCUUCAUGCAUUAUUCAACCCCAUCAAGCAUUUAUUCUAUAAAAUAUGUUUCCAUGCCACCAGACAUCCUGCUAUUUAUUAUUUAAAGCUUCCCAUAUAGAGCUAAGAAUAAUAUUGCUACUAGAUAAAGUAUCCUGAGUUAAGGCUGACAGUGAUUUUUUGUUGCGAUUGAAUUAACAGUUUUCCCUUCUUUUCAGUUCUUGAUGGUGAAGUUCCUGUGCACCAGGCAGGACUCUGCUGAGCGUCUCGGGGUGCAGUCCCUCACCUUCAGUGGCUACCUGUGCCCUGGAGCAGAGAGGCUCGCAGACCUGGACGACCUCAGUCCAGAGGGAGAAAGCUUUGAACAUGACAGCGUGACCGGCCUUUGUCUUCUUAACAAGACACUAUUCUUCAUACAGCAGCUAACGCGAGACAUGGUGAGAACAGAGGUCUCAAAUCAUCAAAGUUUUAGCUCACACCAGUGAGAUAACUUUAAAUCAUGACCAUGACUCAUGACUGAAAACUUGAAAAUCUUCUUUGACCUCUGCAUGAUGUCAGUUUAUACUUGCAGCUACAUGAAAUAUGACAAAGCGUAGUGACAAUAAGGUGAAGAUCUGCUGCUCGUGUAAAAUAACAUUAGUGUAAUGGUUAGUGAAAGCAAAAGCAGAAGUACAGAUUAAACUCAUCAUAGGUUUCAAAUUGAUGUCAGCUGUAUCAGAGAUCAUGUGCCAACACAAACCGGAGAGUAAAACCACCUAUCUUUCAAAAUGAUACUGCAUGAUAACCAGUAUACUUCAGAAGACUUUUCGCCAACUCACAAACACGUGUAAGAUGAAAUUUUUUAAAGUUUUGGACUGGAGCUGUCUCAGAAUGCAAACUUGAUCCUAAAUUAGAAACAUAGACUGUUAGAAACCACAUUCAAAUUUCAGCUACAUUUGAAUUUAUGUAUAUCUGUCACAGACCAGUGCAGGAUGUAAAUAAUGCUGAUUCAUGCUUUUUCAUUUCUGGUUUAUGCUAGUCAGGUGCUGGUUCAGUUAAAGAUUCAACUGGCUGUGGAAGUAGACAGUAGCAGUAGCUCUGCUGUUGUAGCUGGAUUAUAGUUUUGGCUCAUUGUUAUCCAGUCGGUGCUGUAUAUUCACUGGGCUUCAAUUAAUGACCUUCCUCAUGAUGUUUAAGUGAAGAUUUAUUCACAACUGAUCAAUAAUUUUAUUUCUUUACAAAUAUUUCAUUAUAUUUUCUUUAACUUUGAUAUCGAAGUUAAAAUAAAAAUGUCUGUAAUAAUCUUUGAACUUAAAGAAUAAUGGCAAUACCGCUGGAGUUUGUAAAGGCUUUUUUGCCAACACAUGACAAACCUGCUAAAGUGAGUUUGGAAAUGUGAUGCAAUGUUGACUAGGACUAAUUACUCUUGAAAUGUUCUCGUACUAAACAACACUAAUAAUAGACAGAGGGUGAACAAAGUAGAAUCAUCUUGUUUGUGGCAGGAAACUCUCACAGUUUAUGAGAAUUCAUCACAAUUUAACACAAAACUAACAUAUGAGAAAGACCUGAUUGUAGUCGUAUAUCUGAGACUUCAAAGAGAGCUUGAUUAUUUUUUAACUUAUAACUUUUAACUUAUUUUUGUGCCUGCUUAUUUUACUCAUCCUAUUUCACUUUCACUUCAUUCAUUCAUUUCUUCAUAGUGGCUGAGUCUGCCCACCUGUGGCCACAAGGAGUCAUUACAACAUCUCCCAUUACUGUGCUGCUGACAUAUCAAAAGAAGCUGGUUUAUUGUUUGUAGUUGUUUCAUACUGCUCUUCUCUCUCUUUCUCUCUCUCCACGUCUGCAGGAUGCCUCACACUUCAAGCAGAAGUAUCUUCUGGACUUCACUGGCCUCGGUCUGGACCUUUUCUGGAGCUUCUACAAUAAACUCAGGGAGAUGUGAGUAUUAGCACUUUCACUUGUGUUUUUAAUUCAUCCUAUGUUCAUCAUUCAUUCAUUAGUAGAUAUCUGUUAUAUAAAAUAGCAUCUGAAUUAUCUUUCAGGCUAACUUGUCAAGGUGCAAGACAAGUAUACACUCAUUAAUGAUUUUACAGAGAUUGUCAAUGGCAUAUUUGCAACAGCUUUAUGAAGUGUUGAAAUUCAGGUUGAGGCCUACAUCUAUGGUGAGCGAUUGGAGCAUACGCUCAAAUUAAAGGCAAUUAUUGUGAGCAAUUUCAGUCCUGGUUAAUUCCCCAUGUCCAGUGGUAAAAAAAAUGUGUAAAAACCAUAAAACUAUAGUAAAUGACCUGAAAUGCUAUUUUUGUACUUUUGUUUGUAUUAGACUGGAGCUGUUCUUCUCAUUAUUCUGAGUUCUGCGCUGCUUUAAAAAGACUGAUAAGAGACAGGAGGAUGACUGUCUUUCAAACACUAUUUAAGAUCAGUACAAACUCAUUUGUUUUGGAGCACCUGGUUGAUGGGAAGUUUGAAACACAGCUUCUGAUUGGCUGGUAGACACUACAAUUCAUCUAAACUGAUUUCUAUCAGAAUUCAAGACUUUUUACCUCUUUUAAUGAAUAUUAAAGCCUCUGUACAGACGCAAAGUUUGAGGCCUGACCACUCUUAAAAUUGGUCUAGCUGUUUUGUUUAGAACAAAAUAAGUAAGCCCUGUGCAUCCAGUGCCCCACAGAUGUAAAAAACAUUACAAUGAACCAACAUAUUAGACCUAAAGGGAUCAGUAUUUAAAAAAAUUAAAAGAAGAAAAUCUGGUGACAUUCAUGGAGAUAAAGGGUGAUGAAAAGUUGCAGUAAUGUCUAAAACUGACUUAUCAGGGUCAACUCUGUGAACAAACUGUUUGUGUCUGUCUCAGUGAGGGGGAGGAGGUGCUGAAGAGCAGAGUACUGCUGCUCCAGCUGAUGCAGAACUGUUUCCCCAUGCUGCCCAACCCAGUGGAGCCCCGGAGCCCAGAAGACAGUAAAGGGCCCGAUGAGGGAGCCAACGCAGGGGCUGGUCCGUCCACAUCCAGCACUACAGAGCCCCAGUCUGAGUCCGUGAGGGCCGUGUGGGAUAUUUACACCCACCUCUGUCAUGGUAAGAACCAGUUCAGUUUCAUAUGAGAGAGUUUAAUGUGAGAUUUCUCAAGUAACUAUAGUUGAUUUGUCAGAAUUGAUGAAACUUAAAUUAUGCACUUCUUUGGGCAUUUUUUGCUUUCAUUAGAUAGACUGCUAAAGAGAGACAGGAAAUGUAGGAAGUAGAGAGUAAAGGGUGUUAAGCAGCGAAUGAUGGUGUGAUGAUGUAAAAAACUGUCUUUGCAGACUGUGUAAUGAAGAGGACAUUGCUUUGCUUGGCUUAAAAAUGCUGUCAUUACACAGUUUGCAAACAGAUUUUUUCAGUGGUUACAAUAUUCUCAAAAAUGUCACAGCACAUGGAGCACAGUGGAUGAGGUCUGCAAUAAAACUGGUUUAAAAUGUAGAGUAUUGUUUUAUAAGAUACUUGUUAAGGAAAGAAGCUUCCUGUAGAUUAGACCAUAUUCUGAGUCACCAAAAAAAGAACACUAAGUUUUGAGGGUUUUUUGAGUGUUUGCUAUGGGCUUCUAACUCAGUUAAACAGAUAUUCUGAAUUACCAAAAAGACACUUGAGCAGGCCUCUUAGAGAUACUGAAAAAUACUCAUGCAAAGUUAUGUUUAUAAACAAUAUAUUCAUUUAUCUAUAGCAUUUCUCCUCAACAACAUUAUCAGUCACAUACAAACAUUUCUCCCCUUUUCUUUCGCUGACCGGCAGACAGUUCAUGCGUGCGUCACAUCAGUGGUUUUGCAUAGAAGUGAGCGGCGGGGCAGAGCAGCAGAGAGCACUGAUGCUCUGCACUGUUUUAUAAUAUCAACUCUCGCUCAUGGGCUCUCGAAUAACAUGUGAACACCUUGGCAGUGCAUUCUGGGAUUUGUAGUGUAUUAGCAGGGUAUGCAGGCCAGCUCUAAUAGUGAUCAGAUUUUAUCAUGCGGGCCAAAGAUAAUUACAUUGCGAGCCGGACCUGGCCCCACGGACCUUGAGUUUAACAUGUGUGCUGUAGAUGUUGACUGAGUCAUAUCAGCGUAGAAGUGGUGCACAGCAUAUGCAGAAAAAAUGAGUAUCUUAUCAAAGUCUUGUAGUUGACUUUCCUUUAAACAGUGAUUGUUUUUUUGUCUAAAAUCAACAUGGUAUAGCUAAAAUAUCUGUAAUGUUUGUGUUUCAGUUGUGGAUGGUCCUGAGGGUGAGGCAUUAGUGGAAAAAGCUUUGCACAAAGAAGCAGUCAAGGCCAUUUUGAACGGAGCGGCUGUUUUCUUCCCUGAUAAACACAUCAGGAGGGACAAACUCUUCCACAUGAUGGUGAGUUAAUUGAAAAAUAUACAGAGAAAAAAAUGAUCAUAACUCUUAGUUUACUGAAAUUUAUAAUGAAACUUUUCUGCAGAAAAAUAUAACAGAAGAGGAUCAGCCCGAGUCAGUGAAGGUGACGUUUGAAUCGCUUUGUAAUUACUUCAGGUAAGCAGGCUGAACAUAAACAUAUUCUCAUCCACAUCCAGGCUACAGUACGACAUUAACAGAUGUGUUUUCUCUAUACAGUGACCAGGAUCCAAGUGGCCUUCUCCUGCUCCCACCUAAAGGAGCUCCUGCAGAUUUUGACAUCAGCCCCAUCCUGUCAGUCAUGGAGACUCUGCUUCUGGUGGCAACAAGAGAGGUGAGACCUUUGUAACUGUCUCACGUUUAUCAUCCUCUUCCUCUCUACAUCUCUGAUGCUCCUCUGAAUCCACCUGUUUCCUCUUCUCCUUCGUCUCCUAGUGUGAGGUGAUGAUGGUGGAUGAGAGCAGUGGGGCAAGCAGGACAGUGCUGCUGUCCUUGUUCUGGGCUCUGCAGGGGAGUCUGCUCUCCUGGUGCUACCUGCAGCUCAAAACAGGAGCCUCCUCCACCAUUGCCAUGGAGCUGGCCAGAGACAUCCUACUCAAAUGUGAGAUUGUGUUCAAAGAUCAGCCCAGCAAAUAAAAACUAAAAAGCACUAAAAACAGAAUUGUUAAAGCUAAAUCAGUUUAAGUCACAGAUGAGAAUCUAUCAUUGGCUAAAGUACGCCUCAAGAACAGCUAAAUGGUACGUAAUUUGUCUUUCAGAUGCGGAUCAGUUUUUGGGAAGUUUCAAAGCUAUCCUCAGUUCCCUGCUGGAGAAAUACACGUCUGCUGAAAUCACUGAUAAGCUCGGCAGCUCCAUUCUUGCCACGGUCUUCAGACAGCUGGUACUGCUCUGUUAUCUCAUGGAUUUGAAUAGUCUCCAUGCUGUGGUAUAGAAGCAUACAUCCUGAUCCUGAGUCAUGUUUGUUGUGGUCUUGGCAGAUGAUUUUGCUUCUCGAGCUGUGCUCUUUGGACAUCCCUCACAGCCUGCUGCUGAAGAGCUUCUCCUCUCUGGUCGAGCUGCUCAGAAACCUGUCAAGUGACACAGGAGACAUCUUCUCAAAGGUCAGGCACAUUUUCACCUCUUAAUUCACUCUCACACAGUGAAAUAUGAGGCUGUAUACAUUCCUGCACAGCAAAGAAGUAUUUGGGGCACAAAUGGCUGUGAAUUACGCUGACAGUAAUGACAGCAGUACAUAACAUCAGUGUACCAAGAGCUGGCACACACUCUUGAUGCAUGAAUGUGAGGUAUUGUUCUGUGAUUUGAUAAACCAACAUUACCUUUAUCUGAAGUUAGUUUGAUGUUCAGCUCUGAUUCACACAAAUUAAAACCGAGGGGUAGAGGAGAAAUAGUAGGGCUUACAAGUCCAGGGGAACUCAAUUCUUAGGAGAAGUUGGACCACUCAGCACACAGUUCAAAAGCUAGCAUCUGUGUGGUGUACCAGGAUACAUUUAUAUUAUCAUUCAAUACAAUACAAUAGUCUUUUCACCAUUUAUCAUUUGAUUUCCAAGUUGUACCGUGUCCUGUACCUCAGGACAGCCCCACAGUCAUUAUGUGUAGUUACAUACAACCACUGUCUCUGACAAACUCUGGUUGUACCCAUAUCACUGUUAGGUGGAUCAGGAGAGCUGGCAUCAGCCACAGCAGCCCGUGGUGCUGAGGGUCUGGAACUUGGAAUCGCCUCACAACUAUGAGAACAGUCGGCACGAGACCAGCAUCUUCGCCUGCCCUGGUGCUACGUCGUUUGAGGUGGAGUUUGAUGAGCGCUGUGAGACAGAGAAGAGGUGAGCAAAGCGAAGAAUUGAAUACCGGGAUGUUUUUUUUGUCUUUUUUGUUUAAUGUAAUGUAAGACUUUUUGUCAUUAUUCGCUCUUCUUUACAGAUAUGACUACCUAGAGUUCACUGAUUCCAGAGGUGGGAAAGUCCGCUACGAUAUGAAGGUUGGGACUGAGAAAUGGCCAAAGGUAGGAUAAACAAUAUCAUUUAGCCACUUUCACAUGAAAUCCUGUUGUUUCUUAAUUCCUUAAAACACAUAUUGAUUGUUUCCUUCUGCUCCCUCAGAAAGUGACAUUUGAUGCCGGCCCCCAGCUCCAGUUCCUCUUCCACUCUGACAGCAGUAACAACGAGUGGGGUUACAAAUUCACAGUAACUGCAAUGGGUCUUCCAGAUAUCACUAUUUCUUGGAUGUCGGAUCUGCAGCUGCUAGUGGCUCGUUUGAUGGGUCGACUUGCCUCUAGAACGCUCGCCCUGAAAUCUCCUCAUGGUGAGACUCUGAAAAUCUCAUUCCAGGGAGCAUCUGACAACAACAACAUUAAAAAAAAUCUUCACUGUUUUUCUGACCCUUUAUACUCGAUUAAAAUGAUGCGGUUGCUCUGUUGAUGUCUGUUUUUAGAGAUCCGCACAGUUAAGGAGCUUCCGCCAGGGAAAAUGUCCCAUGUUCAGUCCUCUCCUCUAUGGAAACCCAUUUUGAGACACGGAUUGUGUGAAACAAGAGAGUCGAAUCGAUCAAAAACACCUGCUGACCAGGUAUGGACACAAAAACUUCAUCUAGUCAUUAACAAUAUGUAACAUUAUCACACUGCUGACACACUCAUCAAAAAAAAUCUCUGAUCUGUAGACAAACUCUUGGACUCAGGAUGAGCUUAUGAACUUCCUGGAGGACUUUGCACGUUGGAACCCAUCUCAGGAACCGGCAGACAGCAGAACAGAGCUGAUGAAGACCCUCAUGCAGACCUGCAGGAAACAGCCAAUGAGGAAUGAAAUUGCUGCUGGGCCAAAGGCAGACCAGGCUGUGAAUGCUAUUUGGGCGGCCAUGGUGUACCACACACCAGCACUCAACCACGCACUGAAGACCUAUGGUAACACCCGACUACGAUCAGUGGUCCAUGAGCAAAAGUAUCCGCUCAUAAUAAUCCUGUGUGGUUUAUGAACCUGAUCGACUCCCUCCCUCUGCUUCUCUUUGUACGAACAGUGAACCAGGACUGCAGGUCGUGUCUGAGUGAAGAGUUUGGGCAGGUGUACUCGCUGGCUGACAGCAUCAGAACCUGGAUGGUAAGAGUUUGAGAUUCUGAUCCAGUAUCUGCUGCAGAGCUGACACAUUACCAUAGUACUCAUCUAUUGUGUUUUUUUAAUUUAUCAGCUGGAGAUGAAGCAGAGGUACCUCGUCGGUAAAAUGAAUGUUCCAGACGAGAAGGAAGGAGGUCAAGAUGAGGUCACUUUGGAGUCACUAGGUGAGGACUGAAACUGUUGUGAAUGUGAAACAUCAGGAACACUUUGAAUUCAGCUGCAAACAUCCAACUGAGCUCAUGGAUGCACUAAUUAGAACUCAGAGGUCAAAGGUCAGUGUGAGCUCUCUGAAACGAUUUGAGCACAAUUUCAGAUUUCAUGCUAUUAUAACAGCAAAACUGAAACCACAGAUAAUAAGGUAACAACAAUUUUUUUUUUUAGUCAGAGGUCGUCUUGAUUCUGACAUCAUGACUCUCUGAAACAAAACAUUUUUAUUGGUCUGAUUGGACUCUACAGAGCCCGGGAGGUGACAUUAACUUUUUUUUUAAAUCUGCACAUGCAAUUUAGUGUCUCACACAUGUGUUUUAUUAUAUCUUUUAUUAUAUUAUAUCUUUCUUGAUCAUCAAACUAUGAGCGUGGUCUAGACCUGCUCUUGCUCUUUGAAAAGCGUCUUGAGAUGACGACUGUUGUGAAUUGGCGCUAUAUAAAUAAAAUUUGAUUGAUUGAUUGUUUACAAACCGCAUACGCAAGAUACAAAUAAAAUGCAUGUACGAGAUACUAAAUCGCAUGUGAGAAUUUAAAAAAAAGGAAAGUUCAUGUCACCUCCCAGGCUCCGUAGGACUCCACAAAGACAAGAUCAGAUUUUGGUGGUCACAUCAGUAUUAAUCAUCAGUACCAUAUUUAGUUGAGUUAGGUGUGUCUGAUACUGGAAUAAAAUAGCUUGUUCUCAUGGAGAUGCUGAUUUAAGAAAUAUUUUGUGGGGUCUCUUAAUUUCACCUCAAGCCCUAUCAUCAGCCUUGUUUUAAAUUUGAUCAUCCUUAACUGCGACUGAACUGGUCAUCAGAGACAUGCAGUACAACCCCAGGGCAGCACUUCAAGAGUAGAUAUUAAUUCUCAGACUUCUGUCUCUUUCUUCUUCUCUAGCUGAGAUGUGCAUCGAGAAGAGCCUCUUGCUCUUCAGGUUUGCUCCAUGUGGAGUUCCGUAUCAGGACAAUGACUCUUCCAAAGCUGCAGAGGGAAGUACUGCUCCACUCCUCCGUUCGAGUUCAAUCUCAGAAGGGGAUUUCCAGCCUAGCCCCCCCCUGGGACCCCAGGCUGCAGGGCCCGAGGAGAGCGGUGAUGCUAAAGUUGGACAGAGUCUGCCCUCUGGUGUCCAAACCCAAAACUCUGCUUCAUGUGGACACAGCAAGCAGAGCCACAGGGGCUCCACAGAGAGCCUCUCUUCCGCUUCAGGGGACCCAGCCUCACCUUCCACUUUCCCCCGUAAAGCUCCUUUCAGCCGAGCUCGCCUCCGCCUCCUGUCCUGUAGAUCUAUAGAAGAACCCCGUAUGACCCCAUCUGUAAAGGAUCGCUACCCGAUCCUCAAACACAUCCUGAACUUUAUAAGGGACCAGGCUCUUACUACAGCAAGGUAACUCGCCUUCAGUCUUCUACUUUUUUUAAAUCAUUUGCCUUGUUGUAGCACACACAGUGAAGUAACUCAGUUCUUCCUCCUGUAGCAUUCUGCAGACCCUGUCCCUGAGCAAAGCCCAGGCCCUGAGUGUAUGUAAGGUCCUGGAGAUGGUUCAGCAGUGUUUACAUUCUCUGGGGAAGCCGCACCUCUUUCAAGCCCCCUGCAUCCUGUUUCUGCAGGAGCUGCUGGCGUGUCAGAAAGACUUCACCAGGUACAUACAGUACAUAGAUGUUUUUGUUUUAGUCAGUUUGUUAAAUAGGUGUGUUCUUGGCUGGAUCCAAAAGCUAUGAAAACCCCAUAUUGGCUCACUUCAUUGAAUUCAAGAGUUUUUCCCCUGAUAAUUGUUGUCACUAGAUGGCGCCCUUGUUUACGUAUUUGACUGUUCUGUCAAAAGGUGUGCUGUGCAUGCAGAUGUGACAUCAUUACGCUGUAUGUACACCUUGUUAUGUUAUGAGAGGAGCAGACACGGCACCUGCAGUUGUGUCUUAUGCUCCUCUACUGGCCUCAAUAAAUGAGCCAAAGGCUAAAGAGUGAAGAUCGAGUCACAGAAGAGAGUCACUGUUGGAAUAAGUGUUCACAUGGACGCGUUUUGGAGUAACGGUAUAAAACACCCCUCUUGAUCAGAAUACAAUUUCUUUCGGAUUUAGCCGAAUUGGAUCAGAAUUUUCCGAUCGAUAUGUUUGCAUGGCACUUUUUUUUUCCGAUCGGGCCUUUAUUCCUAUUAUUUGUGCCCAUGUAAACGCAGCUACUGUGUUCUGUCACAGAGUCUGAACAAAGUGGGUUGGCCCAAAAAACUGUUAAAUGGUGACCAACUUUAUCUUCUGCAUGGUUAUACAUUCAAAAAAGCACCCUAGACAUAGCUGGACCCAUUUAUUGAAAAUCUUUAUCUCUAAUGUUUGAUUGUUUUCUGCUGUUGUUGAUAUUUGGUAUAAAACUCCUUUUUUAAAUGAUUAUGCUGGCUUUUUUAAAAAUCUUUGAAAAGGUGGGAAUCUUCGGGUUACACAUGAAAAAACAACACUAGUUUGAUUAUUGAAAGAAAAAAAUACUUUAAAAGGAAAUGAAUAUUGUGUAAAAAAUUCUAAUUAAUGCUGACACGAGCCUUUUCAGUGGAAUCACAGUUAAGCUCUUCUUUUGAUUUGUCUCUUUCAGUUAUUUCUCUCAGCUGUCAGACAGCGGGCAGAAGCUCGGGGAGGAGGUGAGGCGUUCCUACCAUCAGCUGGUGCUUAUGCUGGUGGAGGCAGUUCAAGGUUUCAGCAGCCUCAAUGAGAAGUAAGCCUAUCUUUAUGAAACCCUUCAUUCAAACUAAAACAAAGCAGUAAUAGAUGGUGAAAAGUGUGAUUUGUCCCAGAGUGUAAUUGACUCUCAUGACUGCUCAGCAGAGCUCUGCUGCCGGCCCUGUCCUGUGUGCAGACCUGUUUGUUGCACCUUCUGGACAUGAGCUGGGAGAUCCAUGACCUUCCUCUCUUUCUGGAUAUCAAGCUGCCUGAGCUCCUGCUCAGCAUGUCCCAGGAGAACAUCAGUGUGCACGACAUCGCUAUCAGGUAGUACAAGACACGUCCCAGAAAAUAAAACAUUAAAAAAAAGACAUUUUUUUUCUGCUAAUAACAGUGACUCAUGUUACAGUCUGAGCUAAUUUGUGCUAAAUGAAGCUGAAUCAUGUCAUACAACACGUCGAGCAGUAUCUCAACCGCUUAAACGUGCAGAGAUGAUGACACAUGUUUUUCUGUUGUUCAAAAUUCAUCAGUCAAUGGACGGAGGAGGAUGAAAUUGCAGACUAUAAAAAGAACCAGGAGUGGAUGGAUGAGUGCAUGGACGGGAUGUUUGAGAAGUGGUAUGACAAAAUCGAUGAAGAGGACUCCAUGGAGGACAGGAGGAAGGUAUGUCACAGUGCAAGGAAGACAAAAGUUCAAAUGCUAGUGAUUAAAAAAAAAAAAAAAGGAAAAAUGAACUAAUUUCCCUUACUGACCGCCUAUGUUAUCUAUUUGUAUUAAGUCUGACUGCUGAUAUAUUUAUUCAGUUUCAUCUUGAUGGAAAUGUUUCUAAUCUGAAAUGUUUAUUGUGUGCUAUUCACAGAUGCACAUGUUCAUCGCCCGUUACUGUGACCUGCUCAAUGUUGUGAUCUCCUGUGAUGGCUGUGAGAGGAUGGCACCUUGGCACCGCUACAGAUGCCUGCAGUGCAUGGACAUGGACCUCUGCAAGACCUGCUUCCUCAGUAAGCACACAUACUCUUCUUAUACCGUCACACAGGAGGAUCUGUUAGCCUCGGCUCCAGGGUAAUAAAGAAACUGCAUGUAAUUGUGUGAUUGAUAAACAGGUGGAGCAAAACCUGAAGGCCAUGAGGACGACCACGAAAUGGUGAACAUGGAGUACGCCUGUGACCACUGUCAGGGGCUCAUUGUGGGCAGCAGGAUCAACUGUAACGUCUGUGAGGACUUCGACCUGUGCUUUGGCUGUUACCAUGCAAAGAAAUACCCGGACAGGUGACCCAUUUCAAAUCACAUCUAAUCCUGUUAAACUGCUUUUCAUUUCUCUCUGAGUUUGGUGGUUAAUUAUUAUUUUUAUGUUCUUUUCUUCAGCCACCUGCCCACCCAUCGGAUCACAGUGUACCCCAUGGUGACGAUACGAAUCAGUGACCGUCACCGCCUGAUCCAGCCCUACAUCCACAACUACUCCUGGCUCCUGUUUGCUGCUCUGGCCCUCUACACGUCAGAGCUGAGCAGUGAGAAGCAGACAGAGGGAGAGUCUUUGGACAGCAACACUUUGAGCCAGGCAGCAGACCUGCAGACAUGCUGCUCCCAGCUCAUCACGGACUGCCUGCUAAAGGGGCAGACCGGCAAAGGUAAGCCUAAUUUAGAGUUUAACUAUCUGUCAUUUUAAAACCUUUUGAUGAUGCUAGGUUAACUCUUCAAAGGUGCCAUGUUGUCCCAAAGCUAGCAAAAGUUGUCAUGAUAUUCUGAUAACUCUGAUUGAUUAACCUUGAUACCAUCGUCAUUGCAGGUCUACGUUCCUCUGCCUUGCUUGCUCUGCUGUCAUCCAAUGACUUGUCCUCGGAGAGUGAGCUGUGUCCAGUCUCUCCAGAGUCCUCUCAGGAGCUCAGUACAGCCACUGACACCUCCUCUCUGCCUGGAUCCACUGCAGCAAUCUGCUCCCCGACAUCUCCGAAGGAAAAGGUAAGAAACAGAAGCAAGAUCAUGCAGAACACAAGUGAUCCUACAUUGAUCCAUUGUGAUCCAUUUAAGAUCUGGAUUUAUAUGACAUGAGAAGCUAAGUAGAGACAUAUGGGUGUGCAGUAAUACUCAGUUUUAUAAUGGUGAUACAGUGGUCUCCUAAAGUCCACACUCUUGGUUGUAAACAUACUAAAGGGCUGUCAUUUCACCUCAAGAGCAAACCACCAGCCAAAGAGAAAAAGCCAAAAGAGGCGGGCUCACCGCCUCCAGCUCCUCCUGAGGUCUUGUCUCCUCCAAGCACUGGAGAAGGGGACAAAAUGAAGCUUGUUACCCAGGACACCCUGGACUCCCCCAGCCUCAGCCAGACCCCUUCAGUGUCCAGCGAAGACCCCCUCUCCCCUGUGGUCAGAAGUAAGCGAUCAUAUGACCUCCUUUUCUGUGAGUUAGUUAAUUCGUGGAGAGGAGUACAGUGCCCUCAAGCUGUCUGUGUCUUUUCCUUGUUUUUCACAGCUUCAGAGUCCGGACCAGGAACAGUCAUCUCACCAACAUCCGACUUGGUCAAGGAAACAGAUGAGAGGCUGCCGCAGGUCCCCCUUCAGGAGCACGUGUUUUCAGAGUGUUCCAGAGAGAGGAUCCUGGGACUACUAGCAGCCAUGCUGCCACCAGCCAAGCCAGUACGUUAAAUUAAGACCUUUUUCUGUCUUUUCUUGACUAAGCAAGCCCAGUCCUGAUGUUUCUUAACCUGGAGAGAUAAAGCCAAGAAACACAGAGAGCCUGUUUUCAUCUCAAGGUCUUAAAAUGACCCCCCAGCAAACAAAACCAGCAACAAAUCCAAAAAGACUUUGUCAAAACAUUUGUACAUGACAUGCUCCUUGCUCCCCGAAAGGCUCAAUUUUAUUAUUGCAGAGGAAAUGACAUUUCGUCCAUUUGACAACGUAUAACAUGAAUAUGUUUUUUUUGUGUCCUCAGGGCUGCACCCUGUCACUGCCCAGUCUGAACUCCAUCCUGCCCCAGCUUUUCAGAGCUGUCAUCUCCAACGCUGGCUCUCUGAACGAGACCUUCCACCUCACGCUCGGACUGCUGGGUCAGCUGCUGCUCAGGAUCUCUCCCACGGAGGCCGACGCUGCCGUCACAGAGGCUCUGGCUGACAAAUAUGAGCUGUUGACACAGGGAGAGGCAGCCACUUUAGACACCCAGGGCUGGAAGACCAUACAACUGCUCUUUAGUCUGGGGGCUGUUUGUUUAGACAGGUAAGUGGAGGACAACCUGAGAGACAUAUACCAUUGUUAUUUAAAAAAUAAAAAACAAAUCCUUCAACCUUAACUGAUAAUAUUAUUGCUAUUUUAAUGCCUUUAUCAUUAUUAAGGUGUCAUUGUUCUCAUUAUGAUCAUUAUUUUUGCCAUUAUCUCUUUUUUUCUGUUAUAUUUCAGUAGGUUUGUUUCUUUCUUUCUCUUCCUGUCUCCCUUUUAACACAGUUUUAGCAGUUGUCUGUUUAAUAUUGAGUCUGGUUCUGUCUGUGUGUUAUCAAUAACUGUUAAAAAGACAUUUCCAACCCCACACUCAUGUCGUUUUCAUUUUUUAAUUAUAACUAGUCUCCUCUCUUCUUUUCAUGUGUUUUGCAGUCGUAUUGGUUUGGACUGGGCGUGCACAGUAGCAGACAUCUUACACAGUCUGAAUGUGUGUCCAGAGUGGAGCACAGUCAUCGCUGCCUUCACUGACCACUGUGUUCAGCAGCUCCCACAAACACUGAAACGCACCAAUCUCUUCACCCUGCUGGUGUUGGUGGGCUUCCCUGAGGUAGGUGGUGAAAAUGCCAGCGUUAAGUUUUGUACACUGUGUUCCCGGACUCUCUCUAAACACUGCUGUGUGUGUCAGGUGCUGUGUGUGGGCACCCAGACGGUGUUUAUUGACAACGCCAACGAGCAGCACAACAUGAUCCUGCUGAAACACUUCACAGAGAAGAAUCAUGCGGCGGUGGUAGACGUGAAGACACGCAAGAGGAAAACAGGUCAGUGAAGCUGCAGCAUCACGAACAGCUCUGCCAAUAAAACCUUGGAUUAACCAUCUAUGGUUUCCUCUCUUUACAGUGAAGGACUACCAGCUAAUCCAGUCCCAGGACUCCACUACAACUGGUCUGCCAGGGCAGUCAGAGGGACAGGGCUCCCAGAAGACUCUACUCAGCCGAUACCUGAGCAACUUCACCUCCAUUAUCAGCCACCUGCUGCAGACCAGCCAGGACAACGGCUCUACUGAUGCAGUGGAAGCAUCCUGGGUCCUCUCCCUGGCUCUGAAAGGCCUCUACAAUACUCUGAAGGUACCGCAAAGCUGAAGAGGCCUUGUUUUACACCAUAUAUCUUAGGGGUGGAAGAAAAAAACGAUACAGCAUAGUAUCGCAAUAUUUUGUCUGGUGAUGUAUCGUAUUGUCUCAUCUACCAAGUAUUGUUUUUUUUUAAAUUAAUUGUUAAUGUGAAGUCAAAUCUAUGAUAAUGAAAAAAUAAAACCAAUUGUUUGUCUGGUGAGGUUGGCAGAGGUGACAUCAUAGAGCAGAAGAAGGUUAGUACAACAAAUAUAGCUGCAACUUGGGAAAGACAAUGCAAAUAGGGCGCAAAUGAGAUGGACUUGACACAUGAGGUUAGCAAGAUGUGCUACAUGAAAAUAAAAUACAGUGUAAGUAAGACAAACAUAAAGGAAAGACAAAUGCUAAAUUAGCUAAACAGUCAAAAAAAUUGUAUAAAUCACAAUAUAUUGUAUCGGAAUCCUCAAUGUAUUGCAAAAUGUUAAAAAUCGCAAUAAUAUCAUAUCGUGGCCCAAGUAUCUUGAUAAUAUCGAAUCCUCGGGCCACUAGUGAUUCUAACCCCUAAUAUAUACAUAUAGUGAGUUAGAUAUAUGAAACAUGUUCAGUAGCAGAAACUGUCAUCAAAGAAAAGCUCUCUACAGCAGCCUGACCAACACGCCACAUUCAGAUUCAGAGGUGUUUUAUCUAUCGAUGAUGUUUUACCCUGAAGGGGGAUCACAAAGACGUCAUCAGCUGCUCCAAUGCACGAAGCACACUGGACACAAAGUGGAUGAGUCUAGAGGCACAUUUCCUUUUGACAGCUUCUCACACUCAGUGGAUCAUAACUGUACAUUGAAAGAAAAUGAUGGUACACAAUAAAGAAAAUGAACCUUGUGGAGAGCUGGUUCAGUUAAAAAGCCUCCUCAGUUCAGGAUCAAUCUUGAACCUCACAGCUUUCAAUGCUAGUUUAGGCUGCGCCCAACUAACAUACUGGUGAUGAUGAAAAUAGUUAAAUGAGCUACACAGCUGCAUAUUUCUGAACAGUUUAAACUCAAAACCGACUACUUCUCCUGUUGUGCAGAAACACGGUGUGGAUCAGGCUCAGGAGGACAUCCAGAAGUCAGGACUGACCCAGCUGCUGGUGAGGAAGUGCAGCAAAGGAACAGGCUUCAGCAAACUGUGGCUGCUGCGAGAUCUGGAGAUCCUCUCUAUCAUGCUCUACUCCUCCAAGAGAGAGAUCCACUCUAUGGCCCAGGACCCUGAGAGAGACCAGAGAGAGCAGGACAAAGAGCAUGACUCUGACCACUCCAGCUGCUGCGCUGAUGAGACUGACGUCAACAGGCCCGAUCCCUUGGAGGGACUGGAUGAGGAGACAAAGAUUUGCUUCCAGGUGAUGACGAAUGCCAAUUAUAAUUCACAAAAACAAAUAAAAGUCGGAUUUUAGACUCUUAAGUCCUAUUUUGUUUUGUGCAGAUCACCCAUGAUGCCUUAAAUGCCCCUCUGCCCAUCCUGCGAGCCAUGUAUGAAUUACAAAUGAAGAGAACUGACUCCUUCUUCCUUGAGGUGCAGAAAAGGUCAGAGUCAUCUCUCUCAUUUCAGUUUGAUUUAGACUCUAUCUAUACCAUCCGCUCAGGUAAAGGUCAUCUAAUCCCACCUCUUUGUGUUGUACCUAUGUGUGAUUUUCAGAUUUGAUGGAGAAGAGAUCAAAACAGAUGAGACAAUCCGCACAUUGGCUCAGAAGUGGCAACCGAGCAGGCGCCCCCGCUCUGAGGAGAGGAACACCAAGGCUGUGGACACUGACAUGAUUGUGGUUUCAUGUGUGGUGAGUUUGUUUGCCUUCGCUAGAACCAGAAAGAUUCAAUUCUUUUGAACAACAGUGGUGCAUUUUGAAGGACAUCUUCAUCUGGGGGGUUCAAAUUUGUUAUAUUUUAAUGAGAGUAAAAAACAAAAUCUCUGCUGUGUGGACUCAUUAGUGCCUGUAGUUGCCCCCAUGUAGACCUGUGUUCUCUUGUGCAGUCUGAAAAACCCACUCUAAAGAUAUGGAUGUGAUGUGCUUGAAACUGAAGAGGUAAAACUACAGAGGUAAAACAAAACAAGAUAGAGGUUGGUACAGGAAACAGAAAUAACAGCAGGAGACUUGGAAAAGGUUCUAUCAUUCUCACAUGUUAUAUUACAUCUAACCUUUUGGGCCAUUUACCCAAACAUAGAGUGAAUUCAUGAAUCAAGCCCUAUUUCAAUUCUGAUCAAGUACAUCACCUAUAGAAGCAGCUCUGUCAUGUAAUUGUAAUUGUAAAAUGUAAUUAAAAAGAAUUUUAAUUUUCCACAAGUAUUUCACCAUUUUGAGUGCAUAGUAUCAUUAGAAUAGUCAGAUAAUCUGUGUGUUUGUCACAUGGUACUGGUAAGAAGAGAUAACAUGUUCUUAGAAAAGUUUGAUACAAUCCUUUUUCCUGAGUUUGUGUUCUGAUAAGUCUUAAUCAUCGCCCCUUUCUGCAGUCUAAACCCAGUCACUGUGAGAAGGCCACAGAGGAGAUCAACGUCGUGGCUCAGAAGCUCAUCACCAAUUCAGAGAGCGACUUGCAGCUCAGCUAUGCCAAACAGAGGCGCACCAAAAGUUCAGCUCUGCUGCACAAGGAGCUGGACGUGCGCAGCAAUCGAGCAGUCCGUCAAUACCUGGUAAAGGUUAACCAGGCCAUCGCCACGCUGUAUGCCCGCCACGUGCUGGCGUUGCUGCUGGCCGACUGGCCUGCAGAGGCCGCGCUGAGCGAGGAGGCGCUGGAGCUCAACGGUGCCUCGCACAUGGCCUACAUCCUGGACAUGCUGAUGCAGCUGGAGGAGAGGCCGCUGUGGGAGAAGGUGGGUGGCAGAGUGAGGAGUUUUUAAUGUCUUCACAUUUUGAAAUAAGGUUUCUUCCAAGUUGUUUUUUUCAUUAAUUUGAGUGUGAUUCUCUUUAUUGAUCAGAUUUUGCAGAGAGUGCUGAAGGGCUGCAGCCAGAGUAUGCUGUGCAGUCUGUCUCUCACUGCCUGCCAGUUCAUGGAGGAGCCAGGUAUGGCUGUGCAGAUCAGGGAGUCCAAACACCCGUAUGACAAUAACACCAACUUUGAGGUGAGUACACUGUCAGCAUCAAAAACUUAAUUUGAAAUAGCUGUUUAGGGAAAUCAGUGUUUGUAAAGGAGCCUGUUCACUAAUUUCUUAUUCUUCUGUCAGUUUAGCUGAAUACUAAUGUAUUGUCAUUAUCAUUCUUGGCUCAAGGACAAGGUGCACAUCCCUGGGGCCAUCUACCUGUCCAUAAAGUUUGACUCCCGCUGCUACACUGAGGAAGGCUGUGACGAGCUCAUUAUGUCCAGCAGCAGUGAUUUCCUCCAGGAUGUUCAUAACUUCAGCGGUUCUCCUCAGAAGUGGUCUGAUUUUGAGAUUCCCGGUGAGCCAUUUGUCAUUUUAGGAUGUGUUAACAAAUUGCUCUUACUAUGUUCGAAUUGGGUUCAUCAAUAUAUGACUGUGCUGUGUUUUUAUAUCUCAGGUGACACACUGUACUACAGAUUCAUGUCAGACAUGAGCAACACAGAGUGGGGCUACAAGUUCACUGUCACAGGAGGCCACAGAGGACGCUUCCAGACAGGUACUACACACCUGAUAGAUUAGACACAAUGACAGCAAACACAGGUUUUCCUGAAAGUUUCCAUCUUUCAUGGGAUUUCUCCGGUUCCUAAUCAGGUUUUGAGAUACUGAAGCAAAUGUUGGCAGACGAGCAAGUCCUGGGUCACCUUCCACUGGCCGACAUCUGGGAAUGGCAGGUGGGCGUGGCCUGUCGACAGACGGGAAACCAGCGCCUCAAAGCCAUCCAUCUGUUGCUCCGCCUCCUGCAGUGUCAGUCCACAACGUAAGUGUUCAGUUCGACCUGAAUAUUUCCCUCUGUGCACUUUGUGGGCUCCUCCACAGUCCACCUCUUUCUUUAUUACCUGUGAAAUCAUUUGAUUAUUAUUAACAUUCAUCGUGUCACCAAGUGUGACCUUUUCAUUUGGAAGAAAAAGACCAAAGUAAUUCAGAACAUUAGCGCAGGACUUUACCUCCACACAGGGUUUGCAUAACAGCCUACAUCAACGUCAGCGCGGAUGUGAGGUAAAGGAUGUGUUCAGGAAUUUGCAUACGCAGACUGACUCAGCUACCACCUGGUCCAGACUUGAAGGCGCCCUUUAACAAAACUCAAACCCACUGCUGAUGAAAAAAUAUGCUUCAGUUAUUGAAACCUAACUCUUACUUUUCUCAGGACAGUGCAAUUCAUGUGCUGGGCACCAGAGAGCUGUUGAUUCUUUCAAGGGUCUAAGUUCCUCUAGAGUUAUACAGUGUAGACUCAACAUGGUAAGGCUGAGCGAUAAACCAGAAAUUUACCAAUAAUUAAAUUUACAACAAUAACUGACGUCAUUUUGCCCAUAUCAAUAUUUUUGGUGUCUAAAUAAAUAAAUAAAUAAAAGUUGGUUUUGGAUGUGUGUAGGUAGGCUAUGGUCUCAUUUCCCUUUAAGAGGCUGUCCUACAUCAGAGACAUGACUCAACCCUAUUUAGUCCGUAGCAAAGAGGGAAAAGACAGAUGAGGAGAUGGAGGAAGGUUCAAAAGUUGUAGCGGCUGGAGCGGCGGCUGAAGUAGACAAAGUUAAUGUGAAAGAGAGUGAGCAACUUGUGGAGUAUUUAUUGUCCAUUUAUCAUCAUCAAGGUGAACUGCUCAAUAUAUCGUCAUAUUGAUUUGAGGCCAUAUCACCCAGCCCUACAAUGUUGUAUAAUCAAAAUAAAAGUAGAGCGCAUUUUAGUCAUGUAUUUAAAAUGUUAUUUGCUAAUAUGUCCAGGCAGAAUCAAGGUUAAAACUUGAAUCAAUAAUAUGACACCAUCAUGUGCAGUAUUGAACCUACAUAUGCAUAGAUAUGCUCUUGUUUGUUUUUGUGUAUGUUUUUUUGUUCUCGCCUUAAAUCUUAACUUGCAAUAUGUGGGAAAAGUAAGACUUUUGUCACAUCACAAACCAACCAUGGACCGAUAGAUUUGCACAUUAUCAGUGUAGCAUAGCAGUUUUAAAUUUGUGUCUUCAAACAACAUCAUUGUUCUACUCCACCCAAAAUUAUGAACUCCCUUUUAGUGUCAGAGUUUCUCUCAAAGCCACCAGUGUGAAUGUAGUUGUGGAGGUUUUUUUGCUAAAUUCCACCUCAAAGACUUCAUAAACACAAACUCCUACCUGCGACUCUCAUCAAAGAACCUGACAUCUUCUAACACCGUCAGCAGAGUCUUUGAUGCUGAUCAGAGCCGAAGAACGUCCACAACUAAGAGUCAUGAGAAAUUGUCCAUGAGAGAAAUGAAAGAGUUGAACUUCUAUAACUGGGGGAAGUCCGAAAUAAAUAUUCUCCUCCUGCAGCUCUAGGAGCAGCUUGCACAGGUGCGAUAAGGUAAUCUGGAGAUCUCAAACACUGAGAAAGGGACUUUUCAGACAGUGUGGAAAUAGGUGCACAGGCACGGAUUCUGGAUUUUUGAAAUGAGAAAGUUAACUCUUUAUUUUUGUUAGAAAACUUUUAUUGUACAGAAAUAGUUUCACAACAUAUUCAGACUUGGUGGCUUUUGUCAGUCGGGCAGCAAAGAGUCACCCUUGAAUAUCAAGUAAUUUGUAUGUGCCUGAUAGUGCUUGACAAAACCAUCUCCUUUGUAUUGACUAACAGAGAUGUUUUUAGUCCACUUUACUCCUCUUUGCUGAUGAACUCUUUCUUAUUCCUCUCCUCGUUGAUCUGUUUUCACCCUAGAGCCUGUGAGCUGAUGCUGCUGCGACCUCUAUGGCAGCUCUUUAUGUCCAUGGAAAACAGCCUGAGCCAGGAUCCCACCAGUAUCACCGUGCUGCUGCCUCUUCACAGAGCCCUCACUGAACUCUUCUUCAUCGCAGAGGCCCGAGCCAUUGUGAGUGAGACACACAAAAACACAAACGUGUGCAUCCUUGUGUAGUGUUUCCAGUGGUAAAGGUGGUGGAGUUCAAGCUGCAGGCGUGGCUGGGCGAGGUGUUUGCUUAGGUGUGGUGCUUGUUUUGGCCGUGAUGACAGUUUUAUUGGCUCUGUGGGUAAAUUAUACAACUCAGCCAACGAAGAAAUCGUCUUUUGGUUUGGCGGUUCCUCAGUUCAGUCAUGUAUUUAUCGUGAGGCUAUUUGAAUGUUGAGUAAAUCAUCUCAACAUUUCAUUCUGUACCUCCGUCUUUAUCCAUCUCUCAGCGAGAUGAGCAUGUUUUUCCUCCACCCACCUGUUCUGUGCCGGGCUCAGGGCCAAAGCGCGGCCCUGCCAUCUGCCAGACAGACACACUGCCAUAGCAGCUCCCCGCAGACUGCCUGAGAGAGGAAGAGAUGCGAUCCAUUCUGUGAUGUGAUGCCCUCUCUGUGUGUUUCUCUCUCUCUCUCUCUCUCUGCGAUUGUCUUGCAUUAUUGAUUAAGAGAAGUCUCAGGGAUUAUGGGCACGCCAUCAGCCAGGAGGUUCCCAUCUGCAGGUGCAACAGGACCAGACAGCUUUAGAAAAGCACUGUGUCCUCGGCUCCCCACAGGUCUGCGCGCUGUGGCCCGAGGCUGCUGGUCUGACAAUAAUGUUACAUCAGUCGACUCGUCAUUCAGGAAGGAUUCAGGGCUCCCAUCUGCUCCAGCUGAAUGUUGUUUUUAUGUGAGGGACAAAUGAGAGGCUGUUAGGUGGAUAGACACCAGGGGGCAGUAGCAGUAUGCUGCAGUUCAACCAAUAUGCCCCUCAUGGACACUCCAGUAUUACCACUGUUGACACACGCUGAUUGUUUGAAAGAAAGUCCCCUCUUUUAACCUCUCCUUUAUCAACACAACACAAAGAGAUGAGUGUUUGUCACCUCUGGAUCCUCAUCCAUAACUUUGCAGCAGUUUGAGGUUGAGGUUUGAAGAGAGGAAAUUGGUGAUGUAAGGACGCGCUUCUUUAUGUUGAGGAGUGUUUUACACAAGGACACACACAGCAUUUCAAGAGACAGUUUUACUUCUCCUAUCCGUGUCGUGCCGGCAAACAUCUUGAUAAAAUUUUCUAUAAUUUUUUUACCGUUUAGCCUCGAUUUUACAAGCUGCAAAUUCACUGAAAGGAGUGUGAGAGCCAAGAGAGCAGCAUGAAAUACAAAUGAUAAAACGACUGAGCAACGACACAGUGGUGUUCAAGAAAGACACAAACCAUUGUUUUCCCGCACGCUUUUAUUUUAUUAUAGUUUAAUUUUAGAAACAAGGAAGCUAAAACUUGAAUCACAUCAUAAAUCACAUGUCUAUGAGACCAAAAGUUGCUGUGUAGGAAUCAGCUGAUAUUGAACAUGAAGGAGGUUCAUGUUGGUUUAGGAAAACCACCCAUCUGUUUGCUUUACACCUGCUGACACUGUGGGUGUUGCUGCAUUUGUCUAAGGAUGAUCAUAGGAUGUAUAAAAACUAGCUGUCAACUUAAUCUGAUUAAUUACUGUGAAUGUGAUUCUUAACAGGCUGCAACCUGACAUCCAGGUAGUGGUGCUCAGUUGGUGAGAUCUCCCAUACAUGUUUAACAUACUGUAGAUCCUAAAAUAGGAACUCGGUCCUCUAUUUGUUUGUAUGAAACAGGCAGACCUUUGUAUUGAACUCUCUCUCUGAGAUGUAUGACUGGUAAUAUUUCAGUAGAAAGUGAGGUCCUGAUUUACAACGGGAUUGCAUGAUUUUUGUGCCCACUGAACCCGUGCAAAUGAGCCUCAUUCCCGAAGCACACACAAAGGGAUAAAUGCUUCACAAACUGCACUUUUGAGGAAGCACCAUCUCUGUGUCAGCGCUGUUUGCAUACAAUUAGAUGUGACAUUAUGCAUUAAUUUGGAGUAAAAUGGGCCCAUUUUAUGCAAAUGCACCUCAUUGCAAUGAACAUCUAAUUCCCUGUUACCAGCGCUGCAGCCACGCACCUUUAGAAUGACUGUUUUAGCGUCCUCUGAGAGUCGGUGAGGACUGCCCUGGGGUUUUUAUAACUGUUUUAUGCUUAAACUUAUGUCAUUAUGACAACAAUUUAACUUCUGAAUGACCAAAAAAACAAUAUAUUUAUAAUAAAUUUUAUUUUUACAUUUUAUGACUGUUUUUUGUAAUGAUCAGGGUCAUAUCAGUCUAAGGCUGCCUUGUACAGAAUGCCUUAAAAUCAAAAGGUAGGGAGUUUCCCUUUUUAUCCAGCUCAACAAGUAUGAAUAUAAAAUGUAGUGACAUUAGAGCGCACAGGUGGCCAAGCGGGUUAGCGCGCCCCAUGUAUGGGGACCAUGGUCCCCGCGGCGGUCGUGGGUUAAAGCCUGGCCCCGACCAUGUGCUGCAUGUCCUCCCACUCUCUCUCUAUCUCCCCAUGUUUCCACACUGUCCUUUCCAUAAAGGCAAAAAUUGUAGUGACAUUUAAAAUGAGGGUACACAGCUAAUAAAUGAGAGUGCUUACCAUUAAUUAAUAUUUGGAAGCUGGCCUCUAUUAACUCAUAAAAGUUAUUAUCAGGGGCUUGACCGCCAAUUAAAUCCUGGCCUUUAUUCAAGGUUUUAUCAUCGGACCUUUAAGAGUCACUCACAGCACUGAUGUUUGCUAUACGUGACUGACUGAAAACUUGUCUGCAGAAUCUCUGAUUAACUAAAACUUUGGUGAUGUAGAAAUUGUGCCACCAUCCUCAAAGCAUGUUCUGACUCAAAUAUUUAACAUCCUCCUUGACACUGUCUGCGACACUCAGUAAAGAAACUGAUCUGCACUAGAAUAGGUUGAAAAUGUAUACCACUGUUGCUUCCUUAUGAGAAAUUUACCAUGGAUGUGUUUGCAAAAUUGUGCACAAAGAAAAAGUAUAUUUCAAAAACAGCUCUGAAAUGCUGGAGUUAAACAUUUGUUGUUUUGUGCCUUAAAACUGCUCGUAGAAUUCCUCACAUCUGUAUUUUUGGAGGGUAAAUGUUUAAGACAAAGCAGCUGUGCUGUUGUAAAGUUAAUGCAAGAGUAUAAGUCACUAUUUACACCCACUCUAGUGAGGACCUGCAGCAGCUGUGAGGAUCAGCACUCUGCCUGCAACACUCAGCACCAUCUGUCACCACCCUCCAAAAAGUGCAGAUUAGUGUGUCCUGAGGUUGGUGGCCUUCAUGUCGCGUUGACUUACGAGUGUAACUGCAGUGAUGACAUAUAGCCGACUUCACUGGGUCCUCUUUGGCCAUAUGAGGUCUGGACCCAGUACCAGCUCAUUUUAAAUGUUUAAGGGGCUCCAGCGCCGCUCACAUUCCAGCAUCAGUCCUUACUCUCUGUACACACACAAAGCUCAUAGCCAGGUCCUCUGAGACGCCACGAACUCUUUACCCCAGGAAGUGAAAGUUAUAUUUAGGAAUCAAAACAGCGUGUCAUGAACUACUGACUGUACAAAUGGUCCUAGGAAGUUCCUUGGCAUAAACAGUCUGGGCGCUGUGAAAUGAAUGGAGCACCAAGGAUCUGGAUUGUGUCUCCAGUCCUGCUAAGACUCCAUUUGGCCCGGCCUCAGCCCAUUUAGCUGCUUUGUGGUCUUAUCUGUGCUCCCCGACUCUGUAUACUUGUCUGUCCGUCUACGCUCUAUGAUCUGUAAAUAAUUAGAGCGACUUUUUCAAAAUAUCACCGUUCAGUCUGGUGCUGAGAAGACAAUGAAGAGUGGUCAGGGGACUUGGCCUCCUUUUAUACCUGAACUGAUCCCUCAUUUAACCCUUUAACGGCCUCAGGUUCUUGAUUGUGGCAAGUUAUCUGACCUGUGAUUAAAGCGGGGAAAAACCUGGGUCUGGUUGUUCUGAUGGUAUACUGUAUUCUGUACAAAAUGAUCUGUAUUUGUUAAUCCACUCUUGUUAUAUCCAGGAUCAGGUCAUCAGGCUUACUUUUGCCCCUGUUUUUCCAAGAAAAAAUUGAGGUGUCAACCUGAUCCUGAUACAUGCUUUUUAAGGGUAACAAGUACUCAACGCCACCAAAUAUCCACACAGACCAAAAGAUCCUGAUGGUUGCUCUGCAUAAAAUACAGUUUCUGAUAUUAAACUGUUGCCUCAGGGUUUAAACCGUUACUUCUGAAGUCCACCGCAGGGAGAAAACUUGAUUAAAAUAAUGUCUCAAGUAUCGAAAUAUUCUUUAAUCCAACCUGAAUGCAAGACCCUGCUGGGAUCAGGAUCAUUCUGAGUUUUUGGAUUCUAAUUCUAAUUUACAACAAACUUCUUACUAAUCCUCUCAGACCUGUGGGCUUAAGGAGAAAACCACAGCACCUUUAGGCUGACUGAAGCAUGUUAAAGACAAAAGAAGACGAACACAAGAGUUUGUUCGUACAAUGUUACUGUACAAGUUUGUAUAACACAGAUCAGGGCUUGUGUGAAUGAAUUGAUUUAAUAUAGCCUAUACAGACACCCUUAUAACCAGCUUUUUGUCAUGUUUGUUAUUCAGUCCCAGGGGAUCCUCCAGGAGUAUCUGUUAGCCAUGACCACUGACGAGCAGCUCCUCAACCACACUGCGAUGGUAAGACCAACACUUUAUUUUCAUUCAUCUCCAGCUUUUCAGAUUUGAACCUUUCUACUUUCUACCGGGCUCUCAGGUCAUCUUUGAUGCUUUUCUACCUUACGUGAUAAUGUACAGUUGCUAACAGUAUUUUUUUUAGUCCAACAUGAGCAUUCACAAUGAACACGUUGCAAAAAUCUGACACCCAACAUUCAUUGAGUCCACAUUCUGAAUGGAGAUCUGCUCUCACACCAUUUUGAUGCAGUCAGAUGGAUCUAAAGCUAGCUAUCAGUAACUUUUGGAUGAACUGUCUCCAAUUGAGAGUUUGCCUCUGCCUUUGUGAUUCAUGUGAAACACGUUGCAAAAAAGGUGUUUUAUAAAGCAUGAUUAUCAGACAGACAUUAUGACACGCUUCAUAUUGUGAGUUUAGUUUUAAAAGAUUUAAUCACACAUCACGUUUUUCUCAUAUACAACAAAAAAAUGUGACAUUUAUCUCGGAUGGAUGCCUGUUUUCUUCCUUUUAUAUUGCAGCAUACUGCUGAAGUAAACAAUAUCCCAAUGUCAGUUUUUUAAUGAUAUCAUGCAGCUUUAAUAUCAGCUUGCAGAAGUUGUCCACACGCCCUGAAGUAAUGUCGCAUAAGUCUCCUCCUUAAACACGCUGUCUUGUUAAUUGAACGGCCUGUGAGUCACCCACAGGCUGACGUCUCUGUUUGCUAGUGAAUCAUAAAGCUGUUGACACCCGGCAGAUCCCUCAGAACCCCCCUCCUUUUGUUUUGAGUGCGUGUGGGCCUCACUCAGGACUAAUGUAUUUGAUAAUUACAGUCCAUUAGCAUUCGCGGCAGAGCGGGCCACAGUGCUCUCCGCUCCGUGGACCCUGAACACAUCAGAGGAGCCUGAAGGCAGAUAAGAGCAGCAGAGGAUGCGGGGAUGUGAAAAAAUAAAAACAUUGUGGGUGGUUAUGUAGGGCCGUUAUCUAAUACCUGUCAGGUUGAAAACUAAACCACAGGUGAGCUAGUCAUAACUAUUAUGACAUCACUGAUGGAAAGUGCUUGAGUUAACAUGCAGACCCUCACUUUCAAGGGGUUGAAACAUGCUAAAAAGCCACCAGGAUGGUCUUUCAACACCUCCCCUGAUAGCCUGUUAUUUUCUGAUGAGUUAAUCACACAACAACACGAGUCUCAACGUUCAGAGGAUCAUCCUCGCUGUACUUCGGCCCGCCUUUUAUUCAUCCCGUUGUUCGCACAAUUAAACACUAAUAACAGUGAUAGAUACCCCUGUUUUUGACGCUACUACUGCAAAGGAAUUACAGACCAAACCCUCCAGGCGUGAUAACACAAUCAUCGGGUACAGCUGUGUGUCGGAGCAUUACCUCGGAGGAAAUCACUUUUUCUUUGGCGUGGGAGCUCUCAGCAUUAAAAAAUGACACAUUUCUAAAGAGGCACUAGAGUUUAGGUCCAGGAGGCAAAAUGAUUAUUUACCCUCCAACCCAAAGAAUAACAAUUCAAUUUUAUCUCCUCUGAGGGAAAUAAAAGUAUCUUUAAGUGCAGCUGUAAUAUACAAUAAAUAAUCAUAUACAAUGGUGUUUAUUACAACAACUGUCAUAAUUUUAUACCAAUGGAUAAGACGUGUAUUUGCAUCAUCUGUAAACUGUAAGAGAAUCCUCAUCCCGCUCUGCAGUCCACCUCACCAACAUCUGAGUCUCUUUCAGCAAAUGUUUUCUUGCAGUCUCUCUGACUCAUCAAGCUUAUUAAAGGCAGCCCAGAAAACAUCUUUUUAAAAUCAAAUAACUAAAUCAAAACUUCUCCAGAAUCUAAAAAACUCAAAUUAUUCAGCUUAGGAUGAUGACAAAAAGCAUGCUUCUAAAUUGAGGAGGGGGGGUUUAUGACCUUUUACUAUACCAAGGCCAGUCACCAGGAGGUGUUUUAUCACAAGGUGUUGCUCCAUGUUAUCUUGGGGAGUAAAUAGUUUAAUUUUGUGCAUCAAAGGGUGAUAAUGUUUUAGUGUGAAGAAUUUAAAGCUUGUUUCUCAGGUAGCUCAAAUUGUUUCAACUUUUUAAUGCUCUCUGUCAACUGUUGUAUCGUUAAGGUUUGAACUUUUUCAUCAACUGUACCAAUUAUAAAGGAAUUAUGAUUUGUUUCAUUUACCUCUGAACCCGUGUUAUCAGCGUUUCAGUUACAAAGUUGAAAAAAAGUGUGUGUGUUUUCUAACACCAAAACAACAACAACAAUAACAACACUGAUAUUGGCAAAAACAGUAACCAACACUCGGUGAACAGACGCCUAUUAAGGCUCAUUAACUGAUUACCGUUUUAACCGUUGGUUAAAAAAACAUUCAGAAAAUUAAUAAUUUGUGCAUCCAUAAUCCAGAAGUCAUUUACUACAUCUUAGGAUACUAUUUAUAACCCUUCUAUAACAAGUCACUGAACAAAAUUUAAAAAACACCGGCUGAAACUACCAGGCUACAGUUAGUUGUUGUUAGCAUGGCCUGUUUUGUAGUUUGUAUAUACACAUGAAAAAUGUAAAUUACACUAUGGCAGCAUUUCCAUUUAUAUACGUCUAACAAUACUAUUGUAUAUGGCUGACUUAAUGUGACCACGAAUAGUAAAAAGUGUUGAUAAAAGGAUUAUUACAGGAGCAUCUGCUUACUGUUUACAACUGGCACCGUUAUUUUUAAAUGUCAACUCGGGGGUUGUGUGGAUUGUCUGACUUUCCUAGUUGGAAAUCCGACCUCGGGGGUUGUUCCAGUUGAAAGUUCCUCGGAGCUUGGAAAUCCUGACUUCCGAGUACAACUGGAAAGCAUUAUUAUAAAAGGCAACUCAGUCAUUGUUUUUUUAUAACCUUGUUUCUUUUCUAAUCCGUUAAGUAUUUAAGUUCUCUGACACUGUAGAGUGACCUGAAUCAUAUAGUGGGAGACCAAUAUGAGAACAGAGGUGUAAUGAUAUCGGGACUGUGUGGUGACGCUACUGGGGAGUGUAAAAGGCUAGUGAUAAAUUAUUUUAGCGAAAAAUUUUCAUCAAAACAGAUUUUGACAUGGUACAAUUGUCAAACAAUAUUUUUUUAAAAAUGCCCAAAAGCACGAUAAAAACCUGCCUCCGGAGAGUCAUUCAGGAUUCAAUCAAAUCCUGUUCAGAGCUGCCUGAGGAUGAAGUGACACAUCUCUUGGUUGUUUUAAAUGAAAAUUUGAGUUCUGACAAGUCUAAGGGAAAGAAAGUACUCAGAAAACAAUCAAAAUAGAGAAAUGUAUCACAGUAAUUCAGGAAAUCAGAGUCUGUGGGUUGACAAUGUUGAAUUUGUCUACAGAGUGUGGCUUAGGUUAGCAUUACAAACACAACCAGCUGUCAGGACUUCCUGGCAUGUGCUGAUUGGCACAGCCUACAGAGCUUCGACAUAGUCUCCUUUCUAAAUCAAAAUACUGCCAAACAGCACUGUGCUGCGAGAUGCCACCUGUCACAGGUCUUAUUUACAUCCUGAUAGUCAAGCAUUGAAGCACUAUGGCUGCUGCUGUUAACUGCUAGUGGCCGGUAGCUGCCCUACAGCUUAGACACAACAUGGGACCAGCCUUUUGGACCUGCAUCAAUAAUAAUAUGAAUAAAUCUAACUGAUUAGUUAUUCUGGUGCAGACGAAGGAGGGUGAUGACAUUGUUAUUAUUUAGAGAGGAACAGCAGCUACUCACAGUUAUGGGUUAGCUAAUGCUAGAUAAGGCAGGAGGAGAACAACAAACUCUUCCAGGCACUUUUAUUCUCAAGUUUUUAAAGAAGUUCUGGCAUCAUUGGUUUAGAUUUAGUAUUUAUUGUGCCUUUUUAUCACCAGUCAACAUGCAGUGCAGGGCCCAGGUGAAAAACUCGGCUUCUGUCUUCGAUUCAGUAAUUCAUCCACUUUCUUUUUUUUAUUGUGCAGGCUCUGAAGAACAUCGCUGCCAUCAGCCUGGCCAUCAAUUACCCCAAUAAAUCUACCAAGCUCCUCAACAUGUCUCCUUGAGGGAGCCACCGGGAGACGGAGAGUCGAGGGGGGGAGUACAUCCUGACUCAGCUGGAUCACUUUGAAAAAGGUGUGGAGAGGAGGGGGAGAAAAACACCCUGACCAGGACCCCCCCCCCCAUCCUCUCCUCUCUGCACUGAUACGUCUCUGCAGUACUCUGGACUCUGGAGCUGUGGAGGAUGACACUCAAAGAGCACUUUCCACACUUACUCACAAUCCUUUUUGCCUUAGGAGGUAAAUCCAGUAUAUCAGCAUGUGCAUUCACUGGAAAAGGAAUCAUUUUGGGGUCUUUCUGUUUUUUCCUUUAUUAUUGAGUUUUUACUUGAAGAUGCCGUGCUAAAGGACAUGCCGUGUGCCAAAUUAGCGACCUUCAAGGGGAAGUUUAUUCUUUUUCAUCCUGCCUUCCUUCCUCCUAAACAGCAGCCACUCUGGGUUACAUAGUUGAUCGCGGUGAAAACAGGUCACCUUGGUGACUCGCGUGCCUCAGCGGACAUGUAGAGCAUCCUUAAAAUACUGUCCAGGACAGUGGAGACUCAUUAGUCACCAUAGGGAGAAGGUACUGACCUACUAGCUCAUUCCACCCCCUCCUUCCUUCGUUCAAUCUACCUUUCUUCCUACUCACCUUUUCUCCUCUAUCUUCCCGUCUUUACCAACAGCAGACGAACUGAUGGUAUUUUUUAGGGCUCUUGUUGAAGGAUAGGAUUAGCACUCUUCUUGAAUAUUCUUCACCUGAAUCUGUCAUGUUGACACGUGUUAUGCGCACUAAAACCCACUUGAGACUUGAUGACAGUUUGAUCGGGCUGCACAGGAUUAACAUGAUACCAACUAUAGCCAUAGUCUCUGCAUAGGAUGAGAAUUACAGCUGAGGGAAAACUGUGAUAAAAUACUAUCGCAAUGCAUUCCUUCCAUGUUAUUCUACCAGUAUGUUGAAGUAUUUUCACUCCUUAACUCGUGAAUGAAUGAAUGAUGUCAAAUUAUCUUUAUGAAAAUGAUUAACAGCAAAAAACAAAAAAAAGAGAGAGAGAGAGUAAAGAAAAAAAAGACAGUAAGAAACCUGGAAAUCUCUUAAAGGCCUUGAGUUUUAGCCACUUAUUUAUUAUUUUAUCUAAAGUUUGAUUAGAUUAAAACUCUUAAGGAGUGUCAUUUUUCCUUUUUUUACAGCAGGGAAAGAAAUAUGAAUAACUCUAUCAUCUCCCCAGAUUUAAUGUACGGCAAUGAAUGUGAGAAUAUGUGAGAGGUGAUUCCCACAAAGACACAAACUGUUUCCCCCCUCACUCAACUUAAAAACACAUUAUAACGCCUUGAGUUCACAGAUAAACAUUAAUGUGAUUGUAAAAUAAACACAUUAUCCCACCUGAUCACAACACAAAAGAGUUGGAUUAUUACUGAAUUACCUCAUGUUUUGUAAUUACACAGAUAAAUAAAUGGUUCAAUGCUUUUUUUAACAUUCAGUGUGACUUUGAUUCGCAUCACAUGUUCCACUGAACCCACAGAAAUCACCCACUGAAGAUCUGUUUUCACUAAAUCUCAAAUUCAGUUAAGAGAGGGACUAAAGAUGGUUGUUGUUUUCCCGUCAUUACUGUAUUAUUUCAGAUUUAGAGGUUCUUUUGUUUGUUAGGACAACAUGGUUAUUUAUACCAAAGAAACCAAUCAUUGUGAGCCAUGAAACAUCUCUGAAGCAGCUCCUGGUCGAGCUCCUUCUCUCUUAACCACAUAUCAGAUGGUCACCCUGUGAGACGCUGGAUCAGAGGAAACCUUUAGACGUUUUUCUUUUUUUUUUUCUUUUUCUUUUUUUUUUAAUCAUUUUUUAAAAAUUUUCUUACUUUAACUUUUUAAAGCGGUCUCUGUGCAGACCGCGGAAUAGCUCGGUGGUUUUGUUUACACAGACAUCAGCUGCAGUGAGGAGAGAGGAAGAGACACACAUGGCCUCAGUUUGGCUUCUACGACGCCUCACCUAUCUACGACGUGCCUAUGGUUAAAAAAUGAAGCAAUCAUAAUUUAACUCAUGUUAGCCGAAUAGUUAUUAAUUCUAUUUUAAAAAGAGAAAUAUAUUGUUUAAUUUGAAGUUUUUUGUAACUUUUUACUUUUAAUGUCGGUUUCCUUUUUGUUUUGCAAGGAUGCUUGAUAUUUGAGGCUGACUAAUUUGAAUGUACAUAUCUGUGAAUAUUAAUUGCACAGGAGAAAGACUUUGAUAUCAACCCCUUACAAGUAUAUAAACCUUAUUGGGCACUAUAAGACGGACACUUUGAUUCUGAUUUUGUAUGCAUGGCACAUUGAAGGUUAAAAAAAUAAAUAUAUAUAUACUGCUUGGGUUGAAAUGUGAUCCGUUUCUAAUAAAAAUAGAAAUGACUUCACUCCUGCUGUCAUGUCUUUUCUGCGUCAGCUCCACCGAGAAUCUUUGGGCUUCUACAAAAAACAUAUUGAUCACUCUGUCCUCAUUGAUUAGGGCCCACACACUCACCCCCAGCAAAAACUGUACUCAGUGAUCCAUCAAUAGUUCCCUCCCCCUGCUUGUGGAUCUUUUCCCUCUUAAGAAAACAAGUACAUCUUUUGUACUCUAUUACAAACAUCCCACAUAUUCAGCAGAAUAGAUCCUCCCCGCUCUUCCUCCAUUUGUCCAAGAAAAUGCUGCUGUCUUCUAUUUAUUCACUUCCUUUUUUUGUACACUGUAUUUCACCUCAAAGCCCCCCCACUCAUCCCUCCUUCCAAGUUUCCUCUCUGCCUCCUCUACCUCUCCCCCGCUUGUGAUCUGGAGUCUCAGGGACAGGGCUGAUGAUGGCAGUGAAGAUCACUGGGGCGAUAAUGACAUCAAAUGCAGGAAAUAUUCAAUAAGGACUCCAGAUGAUUCAGUGCCCCUCUGCGCCAGCAAAAGCCCCCACACGGAGGGUGAGUCAGCUCUCCUGCCUCCCCUCCACCUCCUACCCCAGCUCCUCUCCCUCUCCUUGGUCUCCUGCUUCUUUUUUAACUCAGGAUCCCAGAGCUCUCAUUUCAUCAAGGUGAAACGAAGCAGAAGCGUUUGAGGCAGAGAUAACAGAAUAGCUUACGGUAACUAAUGCCUGAACAGGGGAUCUUCUGGAGCUGCAUGAUAGGCCUCUUUGUUGAGAUAAGGAAUUUGUUAUUUAUUUCGGUUUGAAGCAACAUCCUUUACCUUGCAAUUAAGUCACACAUCUCUGUAAACAGCUGCACCAUUAGUCUAUCCUAAUAUGAUAAAACCAAACAAAGAAGAAGAAAACAAAUGAUGAAUUCAACUUAUUUGUUCAGCACCUCGGGUUAUCUCAUUGAAAUUACACAAAUUAAAGGGGUAGUUUCUGUUUAAAUGGGGUUGUAUAAGGUACUUGCAAUAGAGUAUCAAUCACAAGAGUUUCAAGACAGAGCCCCUGUUAUUAAGAAAUUGCUGGAGUACCAGCAUGGAUGCCAAGCUUUAACCUGUAAGCUAGCUAAUUCAAGAAACUUCCACCCAAGCACAACAAAGGGGCCAAACUGACUGCCAUCCUCCAUUGGUUAUUACUAUAGACAAGUGCCUCCUACAACCUUACUUUAAAAAAUACAAACUGCCCCUUUAAGCUUCUGCAGAUAUAUACAAUCAGCAAGGUUUUUUUUAUUAGGAUGAAAAGGGGAAAUCCCCCCCCAACCGUAACCUUUACUAACCUCACCCUAACCCCUACUAUGGCUUAUAACUCUCCCCCUUUCCUAUCAGAGGAUGAAAAACAACAGGCGAGCGAAGAAGAUAUGCUGCAGGAACCAAUCAAAUGGGUUGGCAUUCAAUAUACUGAGCUGCUAGAAGCUGUUAGCUAGAACAACCAUGUCAAAGUAUGUGACUAUCUAUCUAUCUAUCUAUCUAUCUAUCUAUCUAUCUAUCUAUCUAUCUAUCUAUCUAUCUAUCUAUCUAUCUAUCUAUCUAAUAAAGAAAUGCUACACUAUACCCCUCUGUAGUUGUGCUAAUAGCCUCAGCUUGCAGUCUAAAGGACAGUAAAAAACAUGUGAGCUUGUAUCCAUGAACACUGUAAAGGACAGUAACAUUAUGUCACAGACCUCUUCUGUUUUUUAUGGCCUCUUUCAGCUGUUUACACUUAUGAAUCACAAACCACCAUGAACAUCUCAUGAAUCAUAUUGUUAAUGUUUUCCAAAACACUGCCUGCAGCGGUACCACAGCUCACACACAUGCUCCUAAAAUUUAUAGGCCGUCCCUCUUGCCUUACAUCAUUUUCCUGUAAGAUCAUUCUGAUAAAUUAGACAGCUACAGUAAGACUGUAAUUACAAGGGUCAGUUGUGGGACAAGUUGCCUAUUUGAAUCAUUUAUUUCUUUCUGUCUCCUGUGAAGCUUUUGCCUCCUCCUUUCUCUGGAGGGAUCUGACUGCUGAGAACACUUGCUGAGUAUGUCAUUUGCUUUAUUUUAAUUAAACACACAAGGUUAACACAGAAUACUAAAGUUGUUUUAGUCAGAAUCAAUAGCUUGAAGUAUUGACAAGCUAUUGAUCAGAGGAAGGUCACUUAAAAAAUGCUAAAACAGGAUAAGCUGCAAGGGUGAUGAACUGGCCAGUGCACCUUUACACACGUCACAGUUAGGAGCACAUUGUGGUUUGGCAAAUCUCAGUAAAGCAGCCCCAGUUUAUAUCUGUUAUAGUGUCCUUUUUUUGAUGAAAUAAGAAAGUGUAAAUGAAAAUGGCUCCAGAGUUUUGUGUUUGUUUGAAACACAGCAUGAAGUGUGAAACACACCAUUUAAUAUCCUCCUAAAUCACGCCAAAAAAGACUUUCUUCAUCUUUUAAGCCGGUGAAAAGAAGACAAAACUGCAGCAAUGAAAAAAUAGAGUUGAUUUUUGACUACGUCUGUGAUUAACCACCAAAGACAACAGUUAGGUAAAACAUGUUUUCAAAUGCUGAACUAUGAUAGCUAUGACCUUUGUCCUUUUUUACUUGAAGCUUAUGUUUUUUUUAAUGAUGAGAUCUCUUCUAUCUGUAAAUCAGAAUUGUGUUAGUUUGAUUACAACUCAAAUAGCAGUUAUAUCAAGAAGGAGAAGAAAAUUAGUUUGAUUUUACCAAAUAUUUCUGAUAAUUCUAUGAUGAAAGUCCAAGAUUCCUCUGUUUAAGGGUCUAGGUAAGACAAAUAAGCCCACUAAAGCACAUCAAAGACAUAACCACAGAAUUUUAAAGAAAGGUGGGCGUGGCUAAAUGAGACAGUAAGGCCACACCCACCAAUGCUCCCGCUGGCUACUGUGUGCCAUGUAUGCUGGCUCCACAGGCUGUAAUCAUGUAAUCACACUGUUGUUGUAUCUAGUGCAUAAUAUGAUAGAUUUCAAUAAUGUGACGAUCAUGUGAUUGAGGUACCCUCAUCAGCACCAGUCCAUCACUGACUGAGGCGGGGAGGUGCAGCUCAAGGAAGAACAUUUAUGAUCAUUUCUUCAUGGAAAUGCAAUCCGACCGAGAUUUUAAGGCAGAAGAACUACCGCAUCUGCAGUGAAAAAUGAUUAAUAUGAUGAUUAUUACUUCAAGAAAAUAAUAAAGAAAUGAUCAUAAAUGUUUUUCCUUAAGCUGCACCCCCCACCUCAGUCAAUAAUGGACUGGCCGAGGUCUCGCUACAAACAAGUGGCUGCUGGAGGAGAGUAGGUGAGUUGUGUUUAGUCUCUUUGCUAAAGAAAUUAGGCGAAGCUAAAAAAAUGUUUGGUGGCUAGUGCUGUGGCUGGGACCCUAAUUGUACUGUUGAUGGAGUUAGGUGCUGUUCUGAGCGUUAUUUGUGGCUAUAGAGUGGGGUUUUGGUUGAGGUUUGUGUGUGGCUCCUGAGACUGCUGUGUAUUGCUAUCGUGCAGUCAUUACUUAAGUUGGUAUAACUAGAGAAGCAACAUUCAUCUCUCAAGGGGAUGUCUAACUCGGUGUUUGGGUUUGUUUAACCCAAAAUUAAUUUUACCCCAGAAUAUCCCUUUAAGUUUUCUCUACAGCCAUCCAUACCGCCUUCACAGUCAGCAGACAGACAAUCGCUAAGUUGCCACCGCUGUAAUUGCUGCUAUGUCACAUGGCUCUUUUCAUCUAUGACAAAAAUGACUCAAAAGUGUUCAUCAUAAUCAGGCGUCAACCUUGAUAGCAAAAUCAAGCUCAUCCAGAGUGAACCUCUGUUCAUGUUAGAUUUUUUUGAACAAAAACUUUCUUUUUCUAUCAUUUCAUGUUUCAGAUAUUCACACGUGUGCCUCACGUGUCCGUUCUGCUCACCUUUGACCCCUUCUGAACCCACAGCCCUGCUGCCGAAAGCACUCCCACGCUAGAGGAAACUCCUCCUCACCUUGUCAUAAUGAGACCUACUUUCUGUCACCCUCCAGGGACACAAGGCCAGUGUGGGUCAGCUCUCGUGAGGCUCAGGGAUAAUUGGGUAUUUUAUAUGAUCCAGAGAGAAUAAGGCACACUGAGGGGCCUGCACCCAUAUUUAGCAGCUGCACACAUGCUAUUGUGUGAUUGCACUGGGAGAGAGGAGCUUGCUGUUUUUGAUCUCAUUUCUUGCCUUUCUCUAUCUGGGUUAGAGGCGGGCUGUUAUUGGAGCAGCCACCUGAGGCUCUUGGAGGACGAGGAUUGUAAUGGAUAGGUGGGGGUUCCUACAUGACAGCCACAGUGCCGGUCCUGUCGGCUAAUCUGGAUCAUUAGGACAUGCUGGGUAUGACUAAAAGGAAAUACUAGCUUAUUUUGUUGAGGUGAGAGGAAAUAAAUACUCUUUGGUACCAAAGCUUGAGUUAAAAAGCAACUCAACCUUUUUUUUUUUUGACCUGGUGAGAAACUGGACUUUUCAGAAAGAGCCUUAGGACAGAGUGGCUGUAGAAAUAUUGAAAAAUUUACUAAAACCCUUCACUUACUUUAAGGACAGUUAAUUAAAUUAGCUCUCACAAAAGAACUUAAAUGAAAUCAUCACAAUGACAAUAUUUUCUCAAGAUUACAUAUUUUAAAAUGAACUUAAUUUAUUCACAAGAACCGACACGAGCAUUGAAAUCAAUUUAGAUCAAACUGAAUCGAUUUCAAUAGAGAAAUGAAUAAAUGAAUAAAACAACUGAGAGGGAUAAAACUCUAAUAUAAGUUUGGUAAACACAAAUCUUAAACUCAUAUCUCAGUUUACUCUUAAAUAACUAGAGUUUGAAUAACCAGAAUGAUUACAACAUCAUUUGCACCACACUCUAAUGAAUAUUACAGAUUAAGUUAGCCGUCACUGGGUGCUAAUAACUUUCCAGUGUAAUUAAUUAUUGAUCAGAGGAGUUUCUUAUGACUUAGUGGGUGUCAAUAUUUGUUGGUGGAACUCAGCAUUUGUUGGUGGAUGCUAAUGUCAGUGGACCUGAAUGUCUUACCCUAACCACAUUUGUCAGUGGAAUCUGUGCCUAAGUUCAUACCUAAACCUAACCAUCAAUAGACCUUACAUUAAAGUGGAUCCCCUAGCCCACACCCUUACCCUAACCUCAACCACUCAGGGUAUGUGAUUACGAAAACCCUUAAAUAUCAGUCAGCGGAUUUUAUCCCUUUUCCUUGACCUAAUCCUAACCCUAGAAUGAGAUCAGCACCCUUUGACUCCCUCUUUAUGUCAUGUGUGUGGAAAACAUAUCAAUGGAUUUACCUCAAUGCUGUCAGUCAAAGAAGAAUAUAAAGUGUAUAUAGUAAAGUCAACAUUAUUAGGUUUUAAAACAAUCUUAAUAACAAUUUUACUAAACUACCAAAAUAAAAUUCACAUGACCAGACAUGACUGAAUAUUACCGUCAUUUAUUUUGUAUUGCAAGAAUCUAUCAAAACUAAGUGUUGAAGAUUCUAAUGUGGCUUAUAUUCCUGAUUUUUUUUCCUAACCGUAUGUACAUGCUCUGUUCAAGUGGCCUUAAAGCCUGAUGCAGUCACUGUUGAUUUUGAAGCAUGUAUGAAACUGCUGGCAUCGACCGGUUUUCACAAACACAACUCCAGUGUGUCAUGUUAUGCUCUGUUCAUUUAGUUUUUCCUAGGUUUAGUGUAUUUUCUUUGUGUUUUUCCCAGUGUUUCUGUUCCCUAUUGUUCCUGUGAUCCUGUUUUGUGAGUUUUCAGUUUGAAUUGACCCUGUUUCCCUCCUGUUCUCUGUGUUUUAUUCUUUAGAUCAGUUCUCAGUGUUUCCUGUUUUAUUUUGUAGUAAUUUAUUCCCAGUGUUUCUAGUCUGGUUGUACUUCCCUAGUUUUCCCUCCCUAAUUAAUCACCCAAGAGUUUCACCUGUGUCUCGUCUGCCUCACCUGUUGCUCGUUUCCCAGUGUGUAUAUAGUCCCCGUCUUUCCCUCUGUCCUGGUUGGUUCAUUGUUUGUUGGUGUGUGCAUAUGCCUUUGUCUCCAGUUACUCCCUGAGAUUUUGCCCCAGUGAUUUUUUGUGGAUUUUGGAUUUUUCUCUUUUUUGUUGCCUUUUUAUUUUGUUCUCUUUAAAUAAAUCUUUUUUUUAUUUUUGUUCUGCAUUUUGGGUCCUUUCCCUUUUUGUUUAACUCCAGACUGUGACAGACUGAACCAACCAAGAAACGGGGGAACAGGAACAAUGGGGAACAGAAACACUAGAGAAAAUCACAAAGAAAAUACACUCAAAUAAUAAAACUAGGGAAAAACUAAAUCAACAGAACAUAUCAUGACACAGUGUUCUUUUUAAACCAUAAAGGUACCAAGGCUGAAUGAACAAUGGUACUUUUCGUCACAGGGACAGAGUGUUUUCAGGAAUUCAAGCUCGCACUGGUGAUAGUUUGGCAGUUCACUCCAUAUAGUUAGAAGAUUCAGUGUUUGAGGUUCAACUUCACACCUCUAUAACACUUUGCUCCAUAUAAACACCAGAAUAAUAGCUUGACUGUGUACCGAUAUAAGGAAAGCUGUGCAAACAACAGCGAUUGUGUGUGAAUCACCACUGUGAAUGAGCUGUCUGAAGUCUCAGUUAAUCCUGACAAGGCCUUCAAAGACUUAAAAUGUCCUCAAAUGCUUUCAGACUUUUGUGCUUGGAGGACUCAUUUUAUUUCCUCUGAAGAGCAGCUGGCAUGAGUGAAAGGUUUGAAUAUAUACACCCUCACAAGCUGUGGGUCUGUUUGGUAAAAUAUGAGCGGGCUAUGUGUUCAUUUUUUUGUUACAAAAACCUUAAUACUGUAUCUUAAGAGCAAUUCAAAUAAGUUUGAUUUGAACUUUUAUUACUGAUCAGCAGAAACUAGGUUAAGGUUAAUCUUCAGGUUUUACUUUUUGAGGAACAUAUUAAAGGUCUUUUUUGAGUCAAAACUAGGAGCUACACACAAAAAGUUUGCCUUAUCUUUGUGAAUGACAAAAAAACACUAAACAGCAACAACUCUACAGCGCUUUAAUCGACAGUUUCUUCAAGCUGUUAAAAAUAUCUAACAAAGAUAACACUGUUGGUUGAUGUUGACUGGAGAUUUUUCUCCAGAAUGAAUCUUUCCAUUGAACUCACAGAUGUAUGAGUGGUUAACUUUGCCUCUGUAUCUGUCAGAUAAUGAUCACAAGAGGAGUAAUCUUGCCAGGCUUAAUGGUAACUCUGGGUGUUUAUCGAGAUGUGAAUAAUCUCUGUUAAAAAGUUCUGCAUAAUAUAAAUGUCAUAUCUCUAUUUGUGCUGGACCAGAUCUUGCUUUCAGGGAUGUUCUGGUUUGUAGUCUCAGUAGCCCACUGGCAUCUCAGUGGGCACUGUCAGUAGGAAAACCAUCAGUACGGAGAGUGAGAAUAGCCAACAUACUGUAGUUCACGGUAUUUCUACCUGCGAUCCCAUCAGUGUUGGUCUAAUUUAGUGAUGUCUUACAAUAAGUGUCAUCAAAUGGUCUACUUUAAAAAAAAAUCCUGAUCAAUCACUGAUUAUAAUUCAAUAGUGGUGAGUCCAACUUAAUAAUGCAGUUUAUUUCUCGGAUAAAAUGAUCUCCCACUGAUCCCUUGUUAAUACAACAGUAAGGUGACCAGACGUCCCCGAUUUCCGGGGACAGUCCCCAUUUUGGAUGACCUGUUUCCCGGCUAAGGCUGUCCCUUGAAAUGUCCCUGAUUGAAGCGUCUCAUGUAUGAGUAAAAAAAAUGUUGCGUGUAGACUAGAACAAUGGUUAUUGUGGUAUCUGAGUAGGUAGGAAGUGCAAGUAAACAUGUUGCGCGCAGUCUUGAACAACAGUUUUUAUGGGAGGUUACUAUGGGGGCAUUCGUUGCUUCAAAGUCAUACCAAGUUGUUGUCUGUGAUCACACAGCUGAUGCCCCCACCACUCUCCAGAAAUAGAGGGCCUGAUUUCACAUUUUGUUCAGCACCGGAUUUCAUAACAGAAAUCUGGUCACCUUACACAACAGUAUUUUCACUUUUCAGGAGCUCUACUUUGGUUGCCUCCAAAAAUGCAUUAAAAUUGUAACCCAAAGGUUUGUGUCAGUUUGAACACGCCAAAUUAGCGUGCUGCUUGUUUUUGUUGUUGCAGUUUUACUGAUUAGCUGCACCUCUUUGUUUAGCCUAAAGAUGGUAGCUCAGGCUCAGAGUGCUUUAGUGAUGUUUUAAUUCAAACUGACAAAAUGUGCAUAAAUACUUUUGACUCGUCAGCUGAGCCAUCUGGGAGUUUUAUAAAGUGAGAUGUGCCGCUGCCAAUAAAAGGUGCUGCAGCUUUUAUCACUGUCGCAGCAGGAAGCAGGAAGCUGCACUGGCUCAACGUCAGUGUGCUAAAAAGGAACAGUUCAAUUUCAAUAAAUGUGCUAAUACUGACAGCCGUUAAGUAAAAACUGCAAAAGAUGUUGCUUCCUAAAACCAAAUCCAGUAUUGCUUUUAAAGUUGCUACCUAGACUGCACUGCAACUGAGCAGCAACCUCUGAUGUUCCAAAGUGUUGAAGCAAAACAAAAAAUCCUCUUUGACAGUUUAUUGAUCAGCCAAAACUUAGCUGCAAUCUACAUUUGCAUAAUGGCAUCCUGUAGUGACGGCCUUCAGUGACUCAGCUAAAACCAACAGAUGACAUCAGUGAAACUACAGCCAUGGUUUAUGCUGUAUGUGAUGGUAAUUUACAGAGAAGGGCGUCACAGCAGGAGGUCUUUCACUACUACUAACCAGUACACCAAAAGCCCCACAAAGCUGGCCUCCUGAUCGGCACAAAAGCUGUUAGCUGUAUAAGCAGAUGGCUGAUGGAUUUCAAGAUUUGGCUCUGAUGGGAGUGUAUUCCACAGACACAGUAAGCACAUUGUCUCUGCUCUGGUCUGGUGUGCUGUUUUUUAAAGCUCCUGUGAGGAACUUUUGGUGUGAGUGAAUUUUUGCAUCCCCUGUGAACAAACAGUCUUUGUUUUUCUUGUCCGCUACAUGCUGAAUGGGAGCCAUCUCAUAAAAAAACCUCAUCACUCUGACCUUUGACUGCCAAAUAUGCCAUUUAUUUUGAUAAUACUUAAUGUGGAAAAAGCAUUAACAAAGCCUCUUCUCC